CACAGGAGAACAUUUCUGUUCGUUAGCGACCUAAAUUGAUUGUGAGGUCCGAACAAUGCAAUGUCCUAAGUGCAAAAACACAACUUCCGUAGCAGAGCAUGCCUUCUGCUUUAAAUGUGGCACAAAAUUGGAGACAAACGAAGAAACAUCGUCGCCUCCUGUUCAUAACGUGACGGAAGAUGCGAAAGAGUUAUCGCGGGAGGCACAGAAAUCCAAAGUCGACAACAAUUCAGACGCUCCACUUGGUAAGAUCUUAUCGCUCUUUUCUCCUUUACCUACCUACCAAAUCAGGCAAACCCGAUUGUCGACCAAAGCGUUCGUUUUGUGAAGAGAAAUUUACAUAGACAAAAAUUAUGUCAUGAAGUUCUCUUUUAUGACUUAAAUAUGUUACUUUCACUUUCACAUCUCUAAACUUCUUCAGUGCUGGACAAUUCAUUCUUUAGUUUUCUUUUACGUUGUUAAAAUCACCACGAUUAAAUGAUAAUUUCACCUCUCCACUGACGUCAGGUUAAGAUAUUAGACUCCUCAAAGUAGGUCGAAAGCAACACAGAAUUGAUUUUGUCUGAAUUUAGCUAAUUCGCUACCAUCGAUAUUCCGUUGAAUUAAUUUAUUGAUUUUCUAUUGUAGCAAGUGUAACAAUGUUUUAGAUUUUAUAUGCAUGUCUCCAAAACCAUUUUUUUCCUAGCUUUCAUUUUGUGUUAGUAAUACGUUUGUGGUGGUUUGUGGUGCAAUAUUUAGCACAGAUUGAAACUGAAUCAGCUCAGAGCAGAGAGAACAUUGAAUAUUCUUACAUACAGUGGUCUCAUUUUCACAACACACUGGAAACUCCACCUUCAUUCUUGGGAUCUGAAGCCUAUUAUCAUUCCAGAUUACACCCAUUUAAAACUGAACUCAUUAGCACUAAUUACAGAUGGAAAUUAUGCACAAGUGAUAGGCUGCAUGACAUAGGAAACAAAUAUUAGUUUGCAGUGAAAAACUUUAGAUUGUAUGUUUACAUCAGGAAAGUAGUCUCAUAGAAUGGAGCAUAGGGUUGAAUGACAGCUUGAAAAUCAUGUCCCAAAUGAGCAACAGGAAAGAAUAUGCAUUUGGUGCAAAGUAUAACAUGGCUAGAAACAUUAAUGUAGUAACAUACAUCCAAGAGGGAUGUACACAUGAGAAACAACGUGGUGGCUGGAAUAAUGUGAAGUUGGAUGAGGGAAUGAAGGAGUGCCUCAGUGAGAUAGUGGAUGAGAACUGCGUACUUACUUUGCAUUAGAUUAACCAAGAGCUUUGAAUAAGACUUCAAGCUAAGCCAUGUACAAAACAGGACUGUUGGAAAAGCUCUUGGCUGUAUGACAAUACAUGUUAAACUUGUGAGGCUAUUACUAGCUGAUCGAAACAGGCCAGAUGUCAUCCAAAGUCAGGCUGAUUGCAGAACUUUUUCAUGAUGAACAGAAUUAUUCAUCACUGCAUAUUUAUUGAUGAAUGCGGAUACAGUAUAUGGACUACUAGAAGCAAUGGGCCAACCAAAGUUGGUGAAAGAGCAUACAGACAAGUCCUUUGUCAGUGUGGAAGAAAUGUGAUGAUGGCUGUGUCUCCAGCUGCUGGCUUGGUCCAUUACACUUGUAUAGUUGGUGGGAUGAGGAUUCAGUGAUGAACUUCCUGGCUCAAGCUCAACAGUUACUUAACCCAAAUGAGCUGGUGUAUAUUAAGAGGAAGAAAUUGUUGCUACAUCAUCUUCAACAACCACUAUUUCCAUUGAAGUGAGACUACAUUUGCCUUAAUGAAUGUUCAUCUCUAUGUAAAAUCAUCAUUGAUAACUCCAAAAUUAACAUGCUUGUUUAUUUUCCAAGCAUGAUUGCACAUUCACUGUAAUUAGACUGAUUAUUGAACUCUGAUGAAAAUUUUCUGGUAAUGGAGAGCAAAAAGUGUAGUAUGAAUCAUGAAUGCAUAAUUUAAAUUUAAACAGGUUGUAAACAAAUUUGGCCAUCACCAAUUAAGUAAUUAGAUAUAGCAAAACUCCUUAUAUUGUUAUGUGCACCAUGUAGCUAUUAUGUUCAGUUUUCUGUUGUUUGCAAGAAUGACCUUAAGGAUGUAGAUCUUGGAAUCCCAAUGCAGUAUAAAAUCCUUGCUCUAAUGCUAUUUCAUUGUGGUUCUCUGUUAUAUUUUGUUAGAGUCAAUGUUUUGUUUAUCUUUAAAGAAUGAAUAUAUUACCUCAAUACUAAUAAUCCUUAUCAUUUUUUGCAGACGAGGGAAAAAGAAAAAGAGAGAUUAAUACACAAGAAGAAAAACCAGCAAAACGGAAAUCUGUUGUUGAAUUAGAAAGUGAAGCUGGUGAUAUUGACACUGCAGCUUUAGAGAGCCUCACUGUGUUGGAUCAAGUGGAGGAACAGAAGGGUGUUCCCGCUCCAAAUUCUGUAAUAACAGAUACAGAAGAAUGCUCAACCACCAAUACCAGUGCAACAGAAAGUUCCACAGGAGGUGUGCCGGAGACUACAGAUAGUUGUGAACCUACAGAUGCCACAGGUAUUGGCAAAUUCAAGAUUAAAGUAAAAUGAGUAGUAGGAGACUCUGGAGGACAUAGGAUGAAUGCAUGCUAAGUUAAAAAAAUCAAAUGUAAGUCCUUCAAGGUAGAUUAUUUCAGUUCUCUCAUCUUCAUGGAAUUUUACAACAGCCCCAGCUGAACCACCUUUUUCAAAUCAUUGUUUGUAUCAGACAAACCAAUUAUUUUACUUGGCCAGCACCACAGGUCAACUAUUUCCUUGGAUACUAGUAAUUAUGACUCAGACAAACUGGUCUCAGUUCUUUCAAAGAGUUUGCAAAGCUUUGUUAAUUAUCCCUUAGAAAUUCCAUACUCUGGGUGAAGCCACAAAUUCACUAAAUGAAAUCAGUCAGCCAAAAAAACCACUAAAUGCACCAGUUAGUAGAUCACUACCAACCACUCUGAUGUAUACCUGCAGGCUCAGACUGAGACCCUUCUGUAGCUGUCUUUAAUUGGCACAUGAAAGAUGUGAACUGUAGUAAUUAGGCCCACUAUCCUGCUGUUUAAACAAACUAAGAGGGUUAUGUGUAGAGGUGGCAAACUUCUGUGAAAUCUAGACCCAACCUUGACUGAACAGCGAGGAACAAAAGCGUGAGGGCCUAUUUUUGUGGCUAUUGCCUCUUAUAUAAUAGAAGGCAAAGCCACUAUGUUAUGGAGAUGAUUGAGUGAGUGAUGGUAAGUAACAGUAGAAUCGACCCACUUUUGAUGUGAUGUUUUCUGGUGCUACAUGUACCUAUUGUUUUUGUUUUUUUCAGAAUAUCUUUAGCUCAAUAGCCACUAGCCCAUUUAAUGAUGUUGUCCUUGUUUCAGUUAUUGCAGUGACACAGGAUAAUAAAUACCUUGCCAACAUUUUAAAAUGGUCUCUAGCAAUGUGAUGAAAAACAAAUUCCCUGCAGAAAUGUCUUACAUAGGUGUGAUUUGUGCAUCAUGAAAAUUUUUCCCUUUGAAGAGAGAACAUUUUACCAUCUGAAUCAGCAAAUUAUUUAUCAAUUGCACUAUUUUUUGCUCUAAAUCACAUCUUUUUCUCUAUUUCUUUUCUAGUACACUGUAGAGACUCAUCAUGACAGUCGGUCAGAUUUUUUAAGAAAACUUGGCUUUCUAGAUAAGAUCUAAAAAGUAAUUCUUUUUAUUUGCAACAAAGUUUAUAAGGAUCUAAUGUCAAUCGGUCUUAUUUAUUUAAGUCAAGUCGCUUGGUAAAAAGUCAACGCACAAACGGUGUUGUUGUCACACAAUAACUCGUUCGCGUCUGAAGCGGAUAUAGUCAUUGCCGAUGUUUACUUUGCUUUAUUCGCCUUGAGAUCCUUAUAAACUUUGUUGCAAUAAAAAUAAUUGCUUUUUACUAAAGAUCUUGUCUAGAAAGCUAAGUUUUCUUUAAAAAAUCUGAGCGAUUGACAUGAUGAGUCUUUACGGUGUUGUUGUCACACAACUCAUUCGCGUCUACAGCCAAUUUCAAUUCAAUUUCAAUUCAAUUCAAUUCAAUUUUAUUUGUUAGCAAUACAAUAUUAUCACAGACCUAGGUGACCCGCAAUUAGCAAGCUAUUCUAGGCGGGCCACCCUUCUUAAACAAGUGCUGUCUCUGCUAAGGAUCACAUACCGAUACAAUUAAACAAAGAUAAUCAUUAAUAAAAAUACAAUUGGUGAUGUUUACUUCCUUUUAUUCGCCUUGAGAUCCUUAUAAUCUUUGUUGCAAAUAAAAAUAAUUGCUUUUUACUAAAGAUCUUGUUUAGAAAGCCAAGUUUUCUUUAAAAAAUCUGAGCGAUUGACAUAAUGAGUCUUUACGGUGUUGUUGUCACAAUAAUUAUCUCGUUCGCGUCUAAAGCGGAUAUAGUCAUUAGCGAUGUUUACUUUGCUUUAUUCGCCUUGAGAUCCUUAUAAACUUUGUUGCAAAUAAAAAUAAUUGCUUUUUGCUAAAGAUCUUGUCUAGAAAGCCAAGUUUUCUUUAAAAAAUCUGAGCGAUUGACAUGAUGAGUCUUUACGGCGUUGUUGUCACACAAUAACUCGUUCGCGUCUGAAGCUGUUAGAGUCAUUGGUGAUGUUUACUUCGCUUUAUUCGCCUUGAGAUCCUUAUAAACUUUGCUGCAAAUAAAAAGAAUUGCUUUUUACUAAAGAUCUGGUCUAGAAAGCCAAGUUUUCUUUAAAAAAUCUGAGCGAUUGACAUGAUGAGUCUUUACGGUGUUGUUGUCGCCCAAUAAUUAUCUAGUUCGCGUCUUAAGCUGUUAUAGGCAUUCGUGAUGUUCACCAAUGUUUAAGCUUCUGUUUGAUGUUCACCAAUUUUCACCAGUGUUUUUUUUACUAAAUAUCGUUUACUUUUCUGUAUGUUUAACUUCUAAUAAGUUGUAUUGGAUUAAGGACCAACUCGCCGACGUCUCUACUCGAUUUUAUACGUCGGCGAGUUGGCGUCGGUGAGUUGGACCGUCGGCGAGUUGACCGUAAUUCCAUCCAUUCCCCCCCCUCCUGCCCCAUCCAAGCUGCAGCAUAGAAGUUACUGUAAAACAUGUUAGACCUCUAAGCAUUUAAAUCACCUCCCUCCUAUGUGUCAUGCUAGCUGUUGCGUUUAACACUAGAUCUAAUAUACAUGCCACCAGCUAAAGUAUGGGAGUGACUGGAAGAGAAAAUUUUGUUGGCAAUAUCUGGUCAACGAAUCAAAUUCCUUGAUUUUGGGCAGCUUACAAAGGUUAUACAGAAAACCCUAUUAAAGUAUGCCUAAAGAUAUGGACAAUUACUGCGUAAGUAGUUUUAAAACAGUUCAAGUAUUUAGAAUUCCCCUAGAUGUGAAAAAUAUAAAGAAUUAUGAACAUUGCAUUACGCAUCUCAUAAUUCAUUGAUAGAUACAUGUAGGAAAUAGAGUUAUUGCCAAAGCUACUGAGAACUGCGGACUCCUCUAACCCUUGUAAUACUUCGUUACAAACAGGGGAGACACCAGUAGGGAUCGGAAGUGAUCAAAACCAAGGAGGCGGCAGUAGCCAGUCUGGUACGAACAGUACGUCUCAGCCAUCUGAAGCUGAUGGUCAGCCCACGAAGGACGAGGACAGCAAUCAUGAAAAUGAAAGCGGUGGAGAUGAAAGUGAUACACAGUCAGAGGUAAAUCUUGUCAUCUGUUGUGUGUAAAUAGUGCUUCAAGACGAUUAAAAUUGUAAGUAAGUGUUCUAAGAAUGAAGAUGUAGUCUGGCAUCUCUUAAUUUUUGGUAUUGAAUAACACUAUCAUAUUCAUAUUGUUUGUAAUUUCAGGAAGAAGAUCCAUCUCACAACGUUCAAAAAGCAAAGCCAGGUUCAAAAAUGACUAAACGAAAGAGCAAGGCUAAAAGGAAAAGGGAUAAAAAGAGAGAAAAGAAAAAGCAAAAGGAAGAGGAAGCACGCGUGAAAAUCAAGUAUGUAUGGUCUUUGAACAUCAAUUUUGAAAGACAAGUGGGGUCGAGAUUCUUGAAAAAAGUUUACUACAUGUAUUAUGUAUCAGCUGAUGGUAAGAUAUUGUUGUCGGAUGUAAAGAAAUGCCCAAUCAUAAUGACACAAGUCAUGACUAUAACAAUGGCACUAACUCACAUCAAAAACAUAUUCUUUCACGCGAUGUUAUGACUUAAAUAGUACUGAAUUCACUCUGACAUAUGUGAUAAUGAAAGUGAAAGAUUUAGGCUGGCUCGGAGUGGAAGCCCUGCACAAAUCUUUUCUUAAGUCUUACUAAAAUUGCUUUCUUAAAAGCUUAUCUUGAAGUCGGUAUUAAAUUAAGGAAACUUUCAUGUUAUAAUUAUCCAAGGUGUUUUCACACGAGUUGUUGCGUCUGUCAGAAAAUAUUUUAUUAAGAAAAGUAUAUCAUCAGGCUAAUAAAAGAUAGCACAGUUGUUUAAUGCUGCCUAAUUUUAUUAUUGUAUGGCAGCGAGAAAAGACAACAAGUAGGGUCACAGCUCGACCAGGAGCUAAAGAGGCAAAAGAACGACAAGACCAGAGACUCUAAUACCUUGGGUGAUAAAGAACUUGAUAAACGUAAUGCAAGCCGUGACAACAAGAAAGAACCAGAAGAGAAUAAAGAGUAUCUUGCCAAACACAAAGGAAGCAAAAUGACUGUUGUAUUUCAUGCCGUUCUUUCACCCAAUUUUAAUUUUGAUGCAAGAAAAGGUGACAGAAUUUUUAUGAGGUUUGGUGGCGUUCGUUUUGGGAAUUUCAAUGAGAAUGUUGUAGAAGUCCAUCCAGAAAGGUAGGCCCAUAUUUCAUUAUGUCACUUUCAUGCGUUGAUGCUACUUGAAAAUUUCUCAGAAGCCGCCUGUAUUGUAACUUCCAUUUUUGUAGUUACAUGUACAUUCUCGAGCCGUGAAGCGUUUAUUCCCGAAAACCCCAUUAGUUUUCCUAUUCGUGCUAAUAUGGUAACCUGAAUAGGUUUUUCGCAUGUGUUUUGUUAAAUUAGUACGUUACAGUAAUGGUAAUUUAGGAUUGAUAAUUAUUCUAAAGUGCAUUAGUUUUACUUAAAGAUUUGUACAAAGCAGUACCGGAGCAAAAACAAUAGGACAUAAGUCCCCCACUAGGUUUAAGCUCCAACCCAACCCCUUCCUAAAAUAACUUAAUAAUAUAAAUAGACUAAAUAGGCUGCUUAACAAGUGCACGCAACAAGGGUAUUUACCGGCGACAUUUAGGACAAAUUAUUUUAAAGGUACGAAAGUUGUCGCCAUCAAAAACGUUGAAAAGUCUCUUGAAAUGAAACGACUUAAGUUUAAGUCUUAAGUUUAUUUCUGACAUUGCACUUAAUUCGUCUGCAAAACUUGCGCUACCCCUAUAGACCAAUGAGAUGCAAAAGUAAAACCAAUUGUGACUUGCUAGGUGGUUUUUUUUCGUGUUUUUUGUUUGUUUUUAACUCUUUAACAGGUUACGGGUUACAAGUUUUUCUUAACUACCUCGUUGGACAAAAGUGGAAUGGACGACAACAACAGCUCUAACAGAUAUGAUAGAAAAUCUCUUGUUCAUGUUAGCAUACACUGACUCCUAUCAUGUCAUUUUUAUCCACACGUAGGUUGCUUGAAAACGAUUUUAUCUUGGUUAAGGCAGUACUCUCUGUACCAGUUACUGACGCUACUCACAACAUUUCCUACAAGUAUAUUGUCUUUAAAGCAGACAGAAACGAAAAGGAAGAGCCGUAUGUUUGGGAUUACCUGUCAGGAGGAGUUUUUAAGAACCGAUGCCUUCAAAUUCCGAAGGAAAGGUGUCAGACUGAAGGUAUGUUUGUGUAUUUAUUUUCUUAGCUUUUACUUUUUUGUUACUAAAAAAGGGAAAAAGAAAAGAGAAAGAAAGACAAGACAAAAAUUGCUCCUGCUUGAAAUCAAUCCCCAGACCUCUUGCUUGAGAAGAGAAGCAUUAUUGCGCCAAGAAAGCAGAACGAACUUCGAAAUUAUUACGUGCUUUCUGCAACUAGACAGGAGUAGGCCAUAUAGAGAACCAUGAUCGUCCCUAGCCAACAGUUUUAAAAUACGAAGUCACUUCAUUGGCCUUGAUAUCUCACCCAUCUUAAUUAAUUUUCCGAGUACAGUGGCUCGCAGCUUCUUUGACCUCAAUGAAUGAAUUUAAGUAGUACUUAUUAACAAAUUAACCACUGACUACAAUCGUUGGAAUAUCGAAACUGUUCGAAACAUAGCUAGUUUUGAGCUGAAUUUCGUAUUUACUUUUGGAUAAUAGGUCUUUGCCGGCCUUUAUCAAGACCUCUCGAAUUACUAUCGUUUAACUUUUAUUUUCUUAACAGCCAUCUGGCACCAGUACGACGACACAAUUUUUUGUCAGCCAGGGCGGAUUCAAAGUAUCCUAAAAUAUGUGCCAUUCGUGAAAAGCACAGGUCCUGUGGAAGGCAGAAUCAUUGCAACGGAAGCGAUGCUGCCUCGUUGGGAAGGCUUCAAAGAGCAUGAAGUGGAAACAACUAUGACUGCGUGGGAGGCAAUAGGGGUUGUGAAUGAUUUAGCUUACUGCAUGACACAAACGAAGAUUGAAGAGCAUCGUAGCAUCAAAGGAAAUGUUCCAUCAGGAUAUAACUUUAAGAGAGUAUGCAAUCAAUAAUGCACUUUUCUACAUUUCCUGGAUAGUAUUUAUUUUAUUUGAGGUUAAAUCUAUUAGAAGUGUGAUGUGUUAAUUAGCCCUUCAACAUCCUGGCGAGUUAUGCCAUACAAACAACGAGUAAAUCUACUCAGCGAUACUACAUACCAAAACGUCUAAUACGUUAUUUAUUAUCCAACAGCUUUUUUUUCUGCUGAGUCUUACAUUCUUUUCUCAUAAGGCGGGAAAAGCAAAACGGAUAGAGAAGUGUAGCGCGCGCAGCCGACUGCUUAAACAGGUUUUUUUUUAAAAGUGCAAAAUAACCAACUGUCCAAAUAACCGUACAUUAUCGCAGAAUAUUUGUACUCUAUUCGCACGUUAUAUGUACUCUACUUUGUGCAGUUGAAUAAUAAUAUUUAUUACUGAUAUUUACGAUAGGGAAUAGUGAAUUAAUGGUACUCUACUUAUCUUUUUUACAUUCUAGAUUUUGAGGGACUUUCUGAUCAAGAAGAUUGAAAAGAACGCUACGUGUAAAUCAGUAGCAGAAGACGCGGGGAAAAUUUCUACCCUAGUAUCAUCAGUAGCAAUUGCUUACCUUAUAUCUGUACAAAAAGUCCCUUUAAAUCCUGAGGAAUAUGAAAAGCUGUUCUCCUCCUUGACUCUUCAUGCAGACCAAAAUGAAGGAACUUGUUCAGAAUAUGACAGGCUUCUCAAACACUUUCCCAGUGAACAUUGGCAGUAAGUGCUGUUUAGUUUGAAUUUAUGUUCUUUUAAAAAACCUAUAUAUCUUGAUAUUCCAUCUUGUUGAGUUUUCUCACUUGAAAACUUUCUGUGUUAAGACAUAUAAUUUUUUUUCUGCAAGCAUCUCUGCAUCAACGACGAAUAUGCCAAACUGUAAUAACGGUGGUCUUUUUGUGUAUGUGUGUGUAGGAAUAUCGGUGAAGCCAUUCAAGGUAUUUGCAGACAUGUGAGCAAGAGUCAUCGUGAUCUCCAUGACUGGUUGUUUGCUGUACCACUGGUCCACUUUCUCACUCAAGUAUGCGCACCUUUUGACAGCUCUGUAUUGCUUACGGAAAAACCUAAGGAAAAAGAUGAAACUUGGUGGGGAGCUAAUGGAUUUGAAACAAAAGCUGUGAGAGAAAGGUCUUUUACAAGGGACAGGUAUUUUCAUCCUUUUUCAUCGAAGAGUAACUUUUUCUGACGACUUGCGGAUUGUGGACUAUUUCGGGAUAUGAUCGUUGGCAUAAAAUUGAGUUUCGAUAAGCAACACUCUUCUACAUCCUCCUACCUUGUAUACCGUCAAAAUGCUGUUUUUCCCCUUUUUGUUUGCGGUUUGUCCUUCUAUGUCUUAGUUUGUGAAAUAAAAUUAUUGUAUUUCUUACGUAAGAAAAAACGACACUGUUUUUACUAGUUCCCGAUAGCUAUUUAAGGCAGUUAGAACUCUCCUCUCUUCCAGUAAUUAUAAAAUGAGCAAGAAAAAGUAAAUGCGAGAUACAAAAUCGGAGUUGUUUUUGUUGCUGUUGUAAUUGAAUCGUCGGACUAUAUUUGCUGUGGCUGAUGCGGUUCCAACUUGCAGAAAAUACUCUUAAAGCAGCACGAGUUGUAAGUUGUACAGAAUGAUUUUGUUAUGAUCAAGCAAGUAAGCUAGUGAACUAAAACUAUACUCUUUAAAAGCUGUGUUGGUUGUCGAAGUUAAUUGAAGUGUUUUUAACAUAAUGAUCGCAAUUUAAUGGCGAAGUUGACAGCGAUCAAAAUUUUUAAGGAGUGUUGUAGAUGUAUCUUUGAGGAAUUAAAUUUUCAAAGAUAGAAGAGCCUGCUCAUAACAACAGUGUAUUUGAAAACUAGAUCUUAAAAUGUGUCAGCCCACAAAAGUAUUGGUACAUGGCUUUAUGUUAUUUCUCUGUUUAAUUGUCGCAGGUGCCCCUCGAAUUGGAUAGAUUUGCUGAGUCCUCUGUUUGUACUGGAUCCUCUGUUCAGAAGGACUUUUCUCCUCGUGGUGCCUUGUAGUGAAUUUGGGAGAGUAGCGUCCUCUAAAAUAUUUGCACCAUUUGAGAUCUGCACCACCCUAGCAAGAAUUUUGUCAGAGAAAAACUCCGUUAAUGAAGAAGAGGUACAUCUAUACACACACACACACACACACACACGUAUAUAUUUAAUAUAUAUGAAUGUGGGGGUUGAGUCUACCUUGGCAUAAAGUGCUCAAUGCUGUGAUAGCAGAGCUAAGUAUACAUAAGCUAAAGAAUUAACGAGGACGCAUCGAUUCUCUGUGACUCUGAGUUUCGCGCCUAAGCGCUCAGAAAAGUUCUUAGAAAGUUCUGUCUAAGAAAGUUUUGUCUGACGAGCGCUUAGGCACGAAACUCAGAGUCACAGAGAAUCGAUGCGUCCUCUUUAAUUCUUUAACUAAUGUAUAUUAUAUAUAUAUAUAUCUGUGUUUUUAACUUCUCUUAAACUUCUUGUCCUGACUGUUAAUUACUAGGAAAAAUGCGAAACUUUUGCAUUUCAAAAGUACAAAGUAAUUCAAUAAAGAACCUUAGUUUAGUUUUCUUUUUCUUGUCAUAUUAACAUCUUGAAUGACGUCAGUUGAAAUAGUUUCCUCCUCACUACAACAACACCGAUUUAAAACGUACCUGAAGUAAGUCUACUUAGGAGAAAGAGAAGAAAUAUACCCCAGGAAUGUGUUUUCGAUUAACUCCUUAAUUGUGCCAACAGACCAUGGGAAGAGGGGGAGUAACACUUAAUCACAUCACAGGCAUACAACUUACAUAGUCGAGUUUUUAGUAGAUUUGAAGAAAAUUUUCAAACAAGUAAGUUCAUUGGUCAUUGCUACUUUUUUUUUUGUAGAGAUAAUAUUUUUAUGGUUUUUGUAGCAUACUACUCCUUUAUCGCAAUUGAGUUCUGAAUUUUACAAUUCUGUUGACUUUUUUAUAUCUAGAGGAAUGCUGUUGCGCUCAGCUUGAAUAUCAUUGAGAAGAAUAUCAAGACAACUUCUGACAUUAAAACAAAACCGUAAGUGAACAGGUCUCAAUAUCAAAUUUGUUCCUUGUAUGCCCCAAUUAUCCCCAAUCCCACUGAGUGGGCUGUAUCGGGCUUAUUGGGAUUAACAAUCUUGCAAGUGAGCUUUUUUAAAUUGCCUUUGUCAUCAAAUUUACCUGAGUACCUGAUGAAGAGAAUAGCUUCUCACUUUGUAAUUAACAUGAUUUCUUUCACUAGAGCGUUUGAAAGAUCGAAACUUGCUUGUUUCGCUUUGUAAUAACCUUUUUAUCGGAAUAAGGCAAAUAUUUCUUAUUUAAACACGUUUCUAAAACCGCUUUUGCUUGCAUUUGUGAUGAUUAAAUUAAUGGUAGUUCGUAAAAUAACUUUGAUCUGUCGGCCAGGUCGAUUUCUGUGGUGUAUCUUUCCUUUCCCUGUCUUAUUAGAACAUGCACCAUUCGUGUAGGCUUCUUUUAAUGAAUUUUUCCUCAAAUGAUUUUUCCCUUUUUACCUUUUGAUUAGAUCUGCUGACUGUGAUGACCAAGCCACGUUGAAGCAAGAAGCCAGUCUCUCUGUCUUGUCUUGCUUAAAGAUUUUGGCAGCUGUAUCUUCUGCCUGUGAUUUUAAUCUGCUAUGUGGCUGUUUGCGUAGCAUCGAAACCUGGGUCUCUGUAUCAUGCAGGAGAACUGAGCAGGGAGAGAGCCAUAUGACAAAAGACAUCACGCGAGUUGUGGUUGAGAGUUUUGAUGUUGUCAAGAAAUGGUUGAAGAAAAAGCUUAUGAGUACGAUUCCACGGUACUAUAUAGCUAAGACAAACGAAGAGUUGGAGGUAUUUAAGUUAGGUCUUUCCUCGUAAUGCAUUAAGCAUCCUGUUCUGUGCGUUAUGAGGUCCAUCACUGAGGGAGGGGCUUAGUCGUGAUCAUUAAUGUGCUGAGCUUUUAAAAGAGGAAGAAAUGGCUCUUUUCUCUUUCAAUGAGCACAACGAGUUUCUUCUCACAUAAACAUAUUAAAGUUCACAUGGCAACCAGGUGGACAAUCAGACGUGGUUUGAUGCUACUCUGAUUUAAAUAUUUAAUGAAUGUAACCGAGAAGUCACAAUUCAUAGACCCAACGUUUCGACACUCCCUUCUAGUGCCUUCAUCAAGGUUGAUCUAAACGCUGCAACAAGAGGUCCUUUUAUACGCUCACUAAUUAGCUGCCUUUUUUUCUGACGAGGUGUAAAUAAACGUCAGGAAGCCGCCAUCAUCACGAUUUAAAGGAGCGUGGGCGGAGUUGAUAUACUAGGCUUCCAAACAAAGGCGCUGGUGGUAACACCGAUUAGUAGGGAUAAUUUUUAGACUUAUCCCACCCAAUUGUAUGGUUGGUUAGGCGUGUGUGCUCUGAUAAAGCUCUUUUUGAUGCUCUUUCAAACGUGUACUCAACGAACGUCUGUUCUGUCCGAUACACUCGUUAUCACAGUCAUUGCACGGAAUAGAAUAAAUAGCUUCGGUUCGUUGUAAUUCGUUCCUGUAAUUUUUGUUUAUCAUUCAUUGUCUUUGUACUUUUCUUUUACUUCUUCAAUUCAUAAAGGAUUUUCUAUGUUUGUGUAACGUUAUUCUUGCACAUUUCAAAUCAUCCUUAUCAUAGAAAAAAUGAGGAAACGUCUCUGGAAAUCUUCUGUCGGCUUUCGUCUCAGGAAAUGGCCUUAUAUUUGUUCUUAAGUUUAACUUUACAAGCACAAAAUACUUAAUUAACUAGGCGUCCUAUUGGUCUCAUCCGUUGCCCUUCUAUUGAUAUCCUUUAUUUAUAUAACUCGCUCUGUGGUAGAGUAACACAAACAGAUUAAUUCAAAGGUUGUAAUUUUCUACAACAGGAAUAUAACCAGAAUAUUAACAUAAAUAAUUUUGCCGUUGGAAAUCGUACCUAUUACGGUUGAUGUCGACGGAAUUAAGUACUUACAAUUCUUUAAUUUCCUAGAUUUGGACAAAGUUGCUGUGUAUCGAGUGGGCAAACAAAGAGUGUUCAGAGACUUGGAGAGGACGAGUGUCUGCAGAAUUGGAGAGGCGUUUGGAACUGGUAAGGAGACGCAAGUUUUAUUCUUCCUUUAUCUUUUAUAACCGUUCGACUGAUUCAGUGCAUUUUUUUAAAAGGAAUUCUUUCGAUGUAUUUGUUUUGGAAGAUUGCAUAAUGCAUGGUGGUUCAGUAAAAUAGUUGAACCAAGGCGUGACACCUGAUCGCGAGUCUGAUCGAGCGAGUGAGAGUAGUCUUAGGAAGUUAUUUGUGGUAGUGACGGAAAUUUUCAACAACCCUCGCGGAAUUCAUCAUCAGAUUCGAUUGAAAAGUUGUUGUCGAUCGAGUGUUACAACUCUGAUUUUUUUAUACCGGUCGUGAUGUUGUUGUCUGGAAGGCUCUAGUAGUUGAGUAGAUAUCGUGAGUAAGUUGCUUUCACGGUGGCGGUAGUCGUUGGAAAUUUUUGAGCGAAGUCUCUUCUAAGUAGGUGAACUAGCUUUCCAGAAACAGUUAUCGAAAGUAUUUACUGUUGUAGUCAGGCAUCGCGCGCGGUUCGCAAGUCGAUGAUGUUCAGCAACGCGAAAGUUGACGUCACUAUUUGUCAUCACUCGUUUGUGCUCAGUCGGUCUCUCGUGGUAAGAACAAGUGACAUACAAGGCUCAGCCGAGUAUGUCACUGAUACUCUCACGACGUUUUUACGUCUUCUGUGGUCUAGUACUGUAUACACUUGCGGUAACAUGGAACCUAUUCUUCUUUUUGUAUAAUGAGAGGCAAGAAGUUGUUAAUAUUGACGUCAUCUAUGCGUCUGUCUUCCAAUAGAUCACUAUGCUAGAUUGAAAGAAAUUGACACUGAACGCCUUUUAUUUUUUCUGUAGGUUGAUUGUAAUGGUUUGGUUGAAAUUUUAACCAAAGCUAACGUGAAAAGCCAACAUAACCAUGUUCAAGACUUGGUUUCUGGAGUAACCUUCCGGAAAGUUGAAAGUAUGCUUCAGGUAUGGAGAAACAUCAAUUUAUGGUGAUGAUAUUUUCUGAAAUACCGUUUGAUAAGCAUUUUGGGUCAAUUUUUAUGUCAGUUUGUUCCUUAUGUUUGUCUUUUACCGAGAAGCACACGUUUUUUCUGUAUUUUAGAUAGGAAGCGAGGGGGAAGACGUUUUUGAAAACCUUUCUAAUGGACUUCAGUCCUCUCAGGCCUCGGAAUGCGGCGAUCUCCUUACUCUGAUGCUUAAAAGGAGUUGGCCAAAGGAACAAGGAGGUGUUCCAUGCUCACCUAAAGCCAUACUCAAGCACGUGUUGACAUGGAAAUUAUGGCCAGGCUUUUUUCAGAGAUUUGGUAAUGGGUCUUUUUCAUGUUGUUGAUUCAAUUUGAAUUUUGCAAUGCUACGGGGCUUACUUCAUAUUUGAAAUAAUAUUCCGCGAACGAAAUCAAGCCAUAUAAGUGCGGUCGCGUUCUAGCUUCCCAACAGCCUGGGUACCUAAAUGUUCGCGUCUUGCGUUUUAAACAUGUUGAACUUCUAUCGAAAUUUUCUUCUACCUGCUGAAGUAUGUACAAUUUUAAAAUUCAACUGACAGUUUAUAACGUAUAUUCAUAUCGACUGCGAAGCGUUUAAGAUUUGAAUAAAAUGACACAAGUUACGUUUCUUUUUCGGCUAUUUCUCAGGUGUGGAAUCCAACUGUCGAAGUGUGUUAAAAGAAGACGGACAAGAAAUUUUGAUGUUAGCCAUUUCAUCCUUUGAAGCUGCAGUGAAUACCCUGAAAGAUGGAUCUGUGGAAUUUCAGAUGUUGUUUGUAAUUUGGGACAAUUCAGAAAGAUUUGUCGAGCUUUAUGAGCUGAUUAACAAGGAAGAAAGCAAGAUAUUUCUGCUGAGGCAAAUUUUGUGUCAGCGUUGUGAGGAGCUGGGAGCUUUUCAGGACGAGCGAGAUAAAAUAAAUUCCUUCGUUAGGAUGUGCUCUCUUAUUAAGCAAGGUAACGAAAGAGGUUCAUUUGACUUUUUAAAAAAUCACCCCUAUUUACAAGGAAUAAAUAAGUUAUUGUUAUAUUUCUGACGUUGUAGUUGAUGUUCAUAAAUUGUCACGGAGGGCAAUGGAAGAUGUGUCUCGUCGUCCCAUCAAAGAUCUUGUAGAAUCAGUGACUGCUGGCGACAGGAAUUUCCCCUCGGUCAAGUUCUUUGGUCUUUCUUCAGAAGCCAAGUCGAUGAUCACUUCUUUUACUCGGCUUGCAGAUAGUGUUCUUCUGAGGCAAUUUUGGGUUGAAAACGGGCGCAAAGCACUCACAAAGAUUGGACAAAGAGAAGAACUAAAGAAGUUCCUUAGUAUUGAAGAUAUUGUGGAGUUUGUUUGGAAACCUUCAAAAGAGGAGCUGCUACGUUUGAAACAAAGUUUCCUCAGUGGUGACAUUUCUUUUAGGGAGGUAGACAGAUUGCUUAAGGUUUUCAAUCAAAGGUACGAAGAUCUUGGCAAAGAAAUGAGACUCGUUACCUCAAGUCAAAAUGGGGCCCAAGUCCAUGCUCUAGAUGAAAAAAUCAACGAGCACAUUGAGAAGAUACAGAAGUACAACAAGUUGCAUAAUUGCAUCAAGGCUGCUGAAAUUAUCCUAAAUUUCAAGAACGCUCUUGGCCUUAAUGGUGAUUUUCGAGACGUGGAAGUUCUGUACAACCAGGUAUGCUCAACGUAAGUUGAAGUACAUUAGUCCUCCUUCCUGCACCCCCGAAAAAAAAAAAAAGACCAUCAAAUGCUUUUGAGUGUUUGUGUGCUUACCAUGACACAGACGGCCCUCCUUUCUUCCUGUCACUCAACACUGCGAAAUGUGAUAGUGGAGGUAUACCAUUAGCUUAACGACAGUUUGAUUAAAACAUUUAAACAAGUGAGAAGUAACUCUUAAUUAAAAACAUAUGACAUCAAUCGAGGUAGACGUUGUUCCAUCACACUGAAAAUUCAUUUUACCCUCUUAUCUUUAAUCUUUUUCGUUUGUUCUCGAGCCUGAAACCACUUGGGGAAUUGAUCGUCUCCUGACACUUCAAAGAAUAAGCUGACCCUUUGAAAAUUGUCUAUCAACUUUGAAAAAAAUUCGACCAGCCCCGGCGCCAUUUUAAGUUUUGCUCAGGGACCAAGCCAGUGAUGUAACAAUUCCUUUUUUUUCUCCACGUGGUGACCAGACCGAACUUCUCCUCUUCAAACCACUUAUGAUAAGGGGUGGUUAGUGAAAUUUCUAAACCACUUCAUUAUUCCCGUCACUGGUCUGGAAAUUAACUAAGUCGCACCAGCAGCAAACUGUCUCAUGUUGGAAACAUAAGCAAAGGAGAUGUUCUGUGUUUCCUCAAGGGCUGAGAAGAAUUUGUUGAGGUUUUUCUUCACAUUGUCUUCUUGAAACACGUUUCUCUCCAUAGAUGAACGAUGAAUUUAAACAGCGCCCAUUGAAAAGCAUGAACAAAGACUUAGAGAAGACUGGCAAGCUACUAUCAGGUAUAACCUGUGACCGUGCGCGUUGUCUCGAUGUUGUGUCGAAAUGUCAACCCUUCGUUUCAUGGCUGAAGAAUACUAUCAAAGGUGAGAUAUAACAUUCGCAUGUUCUUUAUUACACCUCCAUUUUCCGGUGUAAAUACCGCACAGAUGAAGCGCACUCGCCCAAAAUGCGACAAAAUUCUUAAAUCUCUCACAAUAUCUCUACAUCGGUAAGGUCAGUAAUUUCUGUCUUGCGAAAAACUAGCUUUGUUAUAACAUCGAUAAAGAGAAAUAAUUCUGGAGUUGUUACUAUAAAUGUGAAAGUUAUCGUCAUAGAAAGUAGAAGAAAUAAAUCGAAAAUUGCAAAGGACAUGAAAUCUAAAAUAGAAGUAUGUCCAUUUAAAACUUUUAAAAUGUUAAUAUCUUUAUUUUUUGCAGGGCCUCAAGAACUUAAGGUGCUCGUGGAUUUGGCAAUCAUUUCAGCUGGGGAGACGGACAUGGAAACUGCCCGAAUAACAUGUUUACAUGCCAGUUGCCUUGGAUUUGCCCCCCUCAUUUUUGACUUGAAGACUUCGUUUAGCUUUAGGCUCUUGAUGAGGAUUUGUGAGCCAGUGUGGAAUGCAGUGGAUGCUGACCCUAAGCUCCCUGAAAAACUGGUAAUAGUGGGUACUACAAAAAUCGGAGAGCUUGACUCUAUAGAGAGAGCUUUAACCAAUCUUUUCCUUGGCUAAACCCGUUGCUGAAUCUUGUUAUCGGCGCAUAUAAGAAGUAUUUCCCUUUCGCUACACAAAAAAGGGCAAGGGAAGGAUAUGAAUCGGGUCUGCAAAUCCGCCAAUCCUUCAAUCCAAAACUGUUAUUCCGUCGCAGUUUUCUUUCAAACAUGAAUCCGCUCAACUAACUAAUUGCAUGAGAUGUGAGUGUACUGAACUUAGGCACAUAUUCGUUUUGUUUCCUUUGGAUGUUAUUGUAGAAAGAGAGGUUGUUGGAAUAGUGGUGAAUGGUGAUGACUUUUUUAUUUUUUAGCAUUUUUUCUAAAAUUGAGCAUCAUAUCCAAUUUUCACUGACUCAUCUCUCACUUGGUGGGAAAGGAUUGUGAGAGAUUGUGUAUCACAAUCGAGACACACUGGUGUGAUUUUACAUUCCUAGCUGAUCGAUGAUACAGACAAUGUAAUAUCUUGAUCGAUUUUACUUUGCACUCUUUAUAGCUAGAAAGUAGCCGUCAGAUUGAGUGGAUUAAAAGUGUCAGAAAGUCUCAUGGGUCUGUGGCUAUGUCUUCCUUAAUGGAAGCUGAGAAGAUAAAUGCACAGGGCGUAUACUGCGUAGGAUGUCAAGAUAGAGAUGCCUCAGCAUUACCAGCAAUGGAACAACUGACACCUGACAAAGUGAUUCAACUUCAGAUGCCUGCUGAAGACAACGUUGACCGCAAGAUUUACAGCCUGAACGAUCUAAAGGAUUUGCAGAGCAAACUGAUGCUUAUUGCAGCGAAGGCGUCACAAGGGAAAGAAGAAGUAGACAGAUUUUUGGAUGUAAGUUUUUAUUGACGAUAUUUGAAACCUAGAAUGUAUUCAUAAACAAAACAUAUGGGCGACUUCCAUUUUUUUUAUCGUACACCUCCUCGUGAGCUUUCAUCUGUUGAUAAUCUUCGGGCUGGUUUCUGAAAACGUCUCAGGAGGCCCCGUUGAGGUUUGUGCUGCUUAAAAAGGUUUUGCAUCAUUAUCUUUUAUCCAAGUUACUUUUGUUCACCCUUACCUAUCUUUUUCCUGGUUUGUUUAUUCUGACGUAUCUUAAUAUGUUUUUUUCUAGAAUUGUUUAUUUUAUUUUAGAUACUGGAGUGUUAUUUGAAAGUAAUCUUAGAUUAACGGGUGAUUUUAUGCUUUGCCAGUAUCUUGGGGAGACUCUUUUAAGUUCUGGAGAAAAGGUGUUGUAGAGUUACAUUUAUUAAAAUUGAAAUUGAAUUGUGAUUCCUAAUUUUGUUUUUAUAUUAACAAUUGACAGAUUCUACAAUGUGUUCAUCGUCUUGCCUCAGUAUACAUUUCUCUUUGCAAAGCUGGAGAAGUAAGUCAUCUCAAGUGGCAACGUAAAUUUGAUUGUUCGCCAAAACUUUCUAAUAGCCGCUCUCUUACAAAUGAUCUGAUGGAUGAGAGUAAACUCAUGGAACAGAGUCUUCGAGACUGGAAACAAGAAUUGCAUGCCAAGCGAUUGCUUUAUGGAGAAUUAAAUCACUUCACCACGAGCCAGUUGCUCUUUCUUCGAAACAAAUUGGCAGAAGUAAAGGGAAGAGGUCCCAAAGCUGUUGCUGGAAUUCCUCUUGAGGUGUAUAACCUUUUGGAGAGUGUGUUACCUGGCAUCGACCCUUCCAUUUUAAAGUCUACCCUUUUAUUUUGUGGCAUUUGUGCUCAAGAAAGUGGACAACAGAUGCUCAGAUCGUAUGGUGCAAGCAGCAUAAGUCGCUAUCGUGAUAAAGAAAUGGAAAGACCCCCUAUGGUGAAGACAGUUCCUUCUUCAAACCAAGAAAUGUUCCAGUCACUUGUGGUUAAGCUAGAGUCGCUUGGUUAUUCUGAAGAAGUUGCCUUGGCCGCGAUGGUCACAUGCAAAGAUGCCAGUGAGGCAGAUCUCAUCGUUUGGUGUGUGAAAAACGGUGCAAAAAAAGAUCUCAUCGCGACUAAGUACUCUGAGGCCUUGAGUGAUCCAAGUUAUUUGCGACUUAUAGAAAGAGAAAGCACUACAUUCUCUGAGCUCGAAAGGUGAGACUUGAGUUGUGCGAAUCUAGCGCUGUAUGUAAUGCGGCCACUCGAGUUUAAGUUGAUAGUAGCUGGAAGCAAACGAGAUUCCUCUGAGAAAUCAUUGGUUAGUCAGGAUUAGACUUAACAAAAAGUUUUAAACAUGUUUCUGUGAUAUAAUUUUGGAAAAAGUUCAAUAUCCGCUCCUUUGUAAGAAGAAGUAAGUAUUACUUCUUAGUUUCAUUAAUAAUUUUUUGUGACUAACGAUCCUAAACUAUUGCAUAAUACUUGGUUUUGUGCACGGUAAUAUGCAACUGAUAUUUCUAUUUCAUGUAGCCAACAAGAAAAGGAAAUGACGUCGGAAGCAGAAGAUUUUUCAGAACCCAUGGAAGCUAGUAACACUCUUGAUCAAACAGCAGGAGGAACGUUUUUGAGUCUUGAUGAAUUGGGGAAGCUUUUGCUUCAUCUAGCAUCCCAAGGUCAAUGCUUUUCUAAGUUUUCAAAGCGCAUAUUAAGUCUUACUCUAGUGUCCUUUUUACCAAUUAAUGUGCACCAAAAAUUGAAAACAAAAAAUUGCUAUUGAUACAAACCAGAUAAAACAUUAUACAAACGAACUUUUAGAAAUGAUCAGAUUUUUUACACCUAUGGCAUAAUUUCAAGGCUUACAGAAUCGACAGUAAGCUUCCACUUUGAACGUACUGUCUUUAAGAAAAAUUUUUCACACUUUUAUAAGGCAUUAAUUUGAUAACCUAUUUUCGUUUAUGGGCCUUGGAUUAAUGAAAUGCGCAUUUGAUCAUAUACACAUGUUAAUUUGCACAAAUUAUCCUUAUUAUCAUUAUGAUUAUUUAAAAAUCUAAAUUUCAUCGUUAAUUGUAGGAUCAAAAAGGGAAAGGAGGUGUAUUCCAAGAUACCUAAAACGUGGAAAGCCAAAUUUUGUUGUCGUUCCGAAAGGUAAGAGGACGAUUUGUUCGUUCUUUUUUUUUUUUUUAAGUUGUAAGUCAGCUUCUCCUUCAUUAUUUCUUUGGUAAUAUAUCGUCACUUCGUGCUAUUUUGCGGUUUAAUGUUGACCGAUGUUGUAAUCAUUUGUCAUCUCUUUAAACUGAAAUGAUUCCUAUUUCGUCGUUUUGUUAUUGACCUUAAAGUUAUAUGUUUCUUUUUCCUCAUCCUCACAAAGAUGAUGUUUUGGGAACUUUACUGUCUUUAUACAUGCAUGACAGUUCGCAGUCUCUACCAACAACAGAGGAAGUUUUGAUCUGCUCUUCCGAUACAACCGCAGAAGAGGUAGGUUAUCGGCUGAAAUAUUGCAGGAAUUUCAUAAUGUUGCAAUGCAGUCUGAACCAGUGUUAGCGGUAAAGCAAGGUUAAGCAAAUUAUGACGCAAGGUGAAGUUGUGAAUGAUGGAAACUGUAAAACGUAAUGGAAUGUUGCUGUUUACAGGUCAUCCAAUCAUAAGUCAAGUUUGAUUAAGUAACUGUCUUAAGCCCUAUGUGCCGUUCAACAAUUCCCCUUUGCUUUUAGAUUGAACUACUGUGGCGUAGAUCCCUUGCAGACCACAAUGGCAGGUUGUUUUGUUUGGUAAAUGUUGACCUUCUUGACUACGGUGUUUCUCAACAAGCUUCUGACGUUCUAGAAGUUCUAUUGCAUGAGCCUCAAUACAGUCGAAAUGAAGGUAAUAGGUACAGUUUGCUGUCUAGUUGUGCUUCUUUCACCACUAAAUCGUGCCCAAAACGCAUUGUAUCCUUCCUGAGUAUGAUUUGACGCCCUAUUGGUGGCUUCGCAUUGAGGUGAGAGAUUUUAAGAUCUCACCAUAUAAAAGCGUCAUUUGUUUGCAAGCGAAUCAAUAGCCCAUCAUUUUGUCUCUUACUUUGAACUGAGCCACAAAUGUUUUUUUUUUCUAAAAUGAGAUAUAUCAGUUCCCAGUACAGAAUGACAUAUCAUCUUCAGCAACGUAAAUAGACAAAGCACUUGUGAUUUAGCCAUGUUGUACAAGUUGCUGCUCUUUCUAAACGUGUAUGGAAGUCCCUCGUUUUUCUUUUAAACUUCAAGUUUUUUAGUGAAGAUUGAUUAAAAUCCCAAUGUAGAUUCCAUCACAGAGUAAAAAUUUGAAGAUUCCCAGGGUGGUCCUCUUUUGUCUAUUUAAUCAUUUGUUUUUCUGUCUUGAUAUUGUAUCCCUUGAAUUGUUUUUACUCUAGACACUCAUCUGCAUUACUUAUUGUCAAUUCUUUUUCAGGCCUGUCUCUUAUAGUUAUCUGUAGCUCCGAAAAUGAAAACAGAGCUCACAUGGCUGCAGCUCUAGAUCAGUAUAGGCUUGGAACUAUUCCUCACUGUUGCUCAUCAAGAGAGAUCAGGCAGUACCUGAAAUUACAGCUUAAGCCACGCUCUCAACAACGGGCAACUUUCAGAGAUCAAGUCUUGCCUUGGAUUCCUGCAGCUGCAUUGGACAGAGAAGAGUAAGAGCCUUUUUGUACAUCACGUUAUUAGAAAUAGAAAAUCCUAAUUAGUGCAGUAUAGUGGUUCGUGAACAUGAAGCUGAGGUAUACAAAUCAAAUAGACAUUUGGGCCGGGACAGAGUGAUCAAUACCUUUUCAGUGGUUUUGUGGUUUCGAUAAUGGCAAUGAACGCAUAUCUAUUGCACUGAGAUAACUACGCAAUAACGUCCAAGUAGGGUAGAGUAGUAAUGCUACAUGUUAGUGAAAGUGAAUUGAACCUAAUGCUCUACCGCCAUCUGACAAAAUAUGUUUUCUCUGCACAGACUUGCUGUUAGAGUUAUUUCAUCUGAAAGAGCUGGAUCUGGGAAAAGUUUGGCAGUCUGUCGACUCAGUCAGCGCCUUAGUGAACUUCAAAACAAUGAUGCAGUGAUGGAUUACCUCAAGGACAUGAGUACAGAUGUGCCACUUUGCAUCAGUGUACCGAUCUAUGGACCAAUCGUUCACCAACGUGUUGUGGUCGAGUCUUUAUUGCCUCACAUUAUUGUUCCAGAUUUGCCCCUUUCCCGCAUUUUCCAUUUUGAUGUACAUCCUUCGGUAAUCUAUUUUGGUUCCCUAUCGUCGAAAGAUGUUAGAUGAUUUAUUAUUGUUACUCUUAGCACUAUUAAUGAUGGACGAUUUUUUCCACAGGUAAGAGGUGGUCUGGACACGCUUCUCUUCAACCUCUUAAUCCUUGGUGCCUUGAAGAAUAGUAGUGGUCAGAUCUGGAGGCGGCGAUCCUCAGAUCUUUAUGUCAUUGAAAUUACUUCAGGCGUAUCUCCGAAUGUAUGCGAAACAGUGGAGAGACGACAAACGUCUACUAAGGUCAGUGGCAUAGUGAGAAAAAAGACACUAUGCAAUACAUCAAAUAAGAUCUCUAGGAUAAGUUUGAAUACUAUUCUUUUUUCUUAACAGGUCUCCAAGAAAGACACGGCGGAGCCCUUUUACAGGCUUCUUCCUACGAUCCAGUGUGGAACACCGAUACAAACAUUACAUCAACUGAGAACUAAUCUAGCAGGUAAAAAAAACGGUAUUUUUAUUGUGUCAAGAGUCGGGCUCAAUUGAUUUUACAUGCCGUACGGUUGUGUUUUAACAUAUUUUAAGGUAUUUGACCCACAUCUGCCGGAUCUACUGGAGAACAGAAGGUAGUACAAUUAUUUUUUUCUUCUUCAUAUCCUAUGUAGCUGACAGCAGUUUGAACCCUUUGUUUGACAACGCUGAAUUCAAAAGCUCCUAUGUUCAGCGGGCCUUUCAGUACCUUAAGCUGUAUGAAGCGGGCGGUCAGACUCUUGAUCAUUUUUGGUUUGUACCCGGUCAAGUUAUGGGCGACCAUACAGAGUGUAUUGAUAUACUCACCAGGUGAAGAAUCGUCUGAUAAAUAUGUAGAGGGUCCUUGCAUAUUGUACCUUAGUUCUUUCAGUCAGGUUCUGUCUUUGUGCCAUUUGAGUGUUGAUGUACGUGCAUGUAAGCGGAGGUCAAAAAAAGUUGCUAAGGCAGUAUGUAAAUGAACGCUUGUAUUCAACCAACAUUUUGCAUAUAAUUGAUGCAAUUUUGAAUUUCUGUUUGAAUUAGUCGUACUUUCUCAAUGAAAUCAACCAAAGUUAAGUUUUGGACCAUAGGAAAUUAACUGAUGGUUACUUACAUGACACCAUUGAGAGAGAAUAGUUAACCUUGCUUCUUCCUUUUAGUUUGCGAGAAAGAUUUAUUUGUAUAUGAUUUCGUUACCGCCGUUCAUCUACGAAGCGGAAAUAUUACAUUUACAAAACCUUUAACUCUCUACUGACGAAGUUGUAAGACUUUGUAUCGUCAAUUUUUUUCCUUCAUAUGUAACGUAAGUGUAUAACAUUCCAGUGUAUUUUUAGGAACAUUCCAGGUGUGAGAUUAUGAUGUGCUCAUUUAUCAGUGGUUAAACACUCAAAUACUCAUGUUUUUUCCAAUCAAAUCCAAUCACAGACAUUGUGGUAUCGAGAACCCUUCAUGGGCCGAGAUACGGCACUUUGUGAAUUUUCUCGACUCCCAACUACAAGCCUGCGAAGAAAGUUCGUUCUGCAACAUGGAAUUGGUGGGGGACACUCUUGAGGGUUUUAGAAGUUUUGUGGUUCGUUUUAUGAUCUUAAUGUCACGGGUAAGAUAUAUAUUCAUUACACGCGUUACACAAUUUUUAAAAGUAAUUCCAUCAAACGGUCAUCAAGAUCGCCCUUGUACAGUUUUUUGGUCCAUCUAUCUUUGCAUCCUGUUCUUCUCGCUCGCUAUUUUGUCUUCCCUCUGUCUAGAUUGCUAUUCAUUCACGAACUAACAACUAUCCUUAUUUUUCCCUUCGUGAUCUUGCGUUUCUUAAGUUAUCCAUGUAUCAUUCAUCCGUUCUUCAAGGCAUUUGUUUGCCUGCCAGUCAAUCAGAAAGACAGAGACAUGCUAUCUUUUUCCUUAUCAAGAAAAUGCCUAAAACCGAUUUCAAAGAGGCCUAGUUUAUCAUGGCAGAAGAACCUGCUGAAAAUAUUCUUCUUGUGUUACUUAAAAGGAUUUUGCCACACCAUCUCUGAAAACAUGUGAAGAAACCACUCAAACUCCAGGCCUUGAUGACGAUACUGUUGUUGAAGAUAUGGAACCUGCAGCAGUUGAAGUCUCACAGUUUAGUCUAAGGAGACACUGGGAGACUAGGUAUGAGUAACACUGCGUCUGCACAGUGACUAUAUACAUAAGAUCUGCGCAAAUGCUAGAAAUUGUUUGAUUUCAAAGUGCAUACUUUACGUGUGUGUCUGUUUUGUAUAGGUGGGACCGAUUGAAUUACUGUGAUGCUUUUGAAAACUGUUCAGGGAACAGCUUUUGGUAACAAGGGAAUGGCUUGCGAAUGUACACUGAAAGCAACAGUCAUAGGUUUUAAGUGGUAAUAUACUUUCCCUUUUUAUUGGCAGUUCGCAUCCCUACAUAUUCUUCAACCAAGAUCGUAUUACAAUGACGUUUGUUGGCUUUCACAUUGACCCAAAUGGGAACUUAAUCGAUCCGUACCGUCAAGUUACCAUUCAGCCAAACUUGAUGUCCAGGCACUUGCGUACCGGCCUUCACGUUCAAAGGGUUGACAUGCAAACUAACUAUGAAUCUUGGAGCAAGUAAGUGUGAAGCUGAUCUAGCGUUUGCGUAUGCGACAGUAGCAUAUCCUAGGCCUUAAAUUUUGUAGGGUUUCGAUAGCUUUGCUUUGAUCACAGUUGUUUGAUUAAGCCAGUGGACAAAUAAUGAAUGAUUUUCCCUGUGUUUUUCCCUGCAAUGAAGAGUCCUUGGGUGCUUUAUUUAUAUAUUCUUGCUAUUUUGCUCGUUAUAGGGGACAGAAAAUCGAAAAACUUUGCGGAGUAAUGGGUGUCGAAUGGCCUUGUGAUCCAGAUGACUCGUACGAGCUCACCACAGACAACUUGAAGAAAAUCUUAGCUAUUCACAUGCGUUUUAGGUAUGACAGUGAACGCAAUUUCCAGUAACUGUACGUUGGAAUAUCUUUAAAAACUGUUAGACAAUUAAUGGUAAUUGAGCAGAUGGAAAUUGUGGAAUUUUACAUAAAAAACAAGACGAAUUUUUGGUUUCUAAUAUGGCUCUCUCAAUCUUAAAAUUAAUAAAUCCAAGGUGUGGCAUCCCUGUGGUCAUCAUGGGUGAGACUGGCUGUGGUAAAACAUGCCUUAUUCGAUACAUGUGUGGCUUACAGUCUGGGCCUGGUGGACCUAAAAACAUGCUUCUAAUGAAGGUAAGAAUUUAACAGGUUGUUGUUUUAUAUAUUUUUAUGGCUAUCUCUGAAUACACUUUUGCAGUCUAUUGUAACCAAGUUCCUAACUAGUAUUAUGAUUUGAAAAUUUUUUGUCCGAUUACCGCCAUAAUCAGCGUUACUUGCUCGUGCACUCAACGAUUUAUCUCGUGCAGUCCUAAACCUUGACUUUCCCCAAAUCCUUUAUUUUUUCGUAAGCCAAUAUUUGUCUUGAAAUUACAUAAUAACGAUAAUAGCUCAUUUUUUCCCGCUUUAACUUUUAUGAAAUGGUGAAAGAAUACGCGAAAUGAUCGCAGAUUACGCAGUAACACAGGGAGAUUUUCUCAUCUGCUAUUUGAACAUUUCUCCAGGUGAUCGUCAUAACAUUAACACCUACCUAAUCUAAAUGACAGGUUCAUGGAGGUACUACCUACAAAGACAUAGAGAAGAAAGUGGAGGAGGCUGAGGCAAUGGCUAUUGUGAACGAAACGUUGAAUAUCGAUACGGUGUUAUUCUUUGACGAAGCUAACACAACUGAUGCUUUGGGAAUGAUCAAAGAGGUUAUGGUCGAUCGCCGAGUCAAUGGCAGAAAGAUAGGAGUAGGGCUUAAAAGAUUACAGUUCAUAGCAGCGUGCAAUCCUUACAGAAAGUACGUUGAACACCUUGGGCGAAUUUCGAGUAUUACAUAUAUAUAUUAGGUUUUUUUUUUCUUUAAGUGUCAUUUCAAAACAGCUCUUUUACUUUUGUUUCUUAGACAUACAAAUGAAAUGAUUCAUAAGUUGGAGUCAGCUGGCCUGGGGUACCAUGUCACCACGCAACAGACACAGGAUCGCCUUGGUAUAAAAUUUUUGUGAAUUAAUAUCUGAUCUAUAGCAUUGUUGACUAAGUGAUAAACAUAUGUAGAGAACGACAUGCAGCUCACUUAGAGUGAAUUUUUGGGCACGGAUGCUUCCUCGGGACAGGAGUGGCUCAUUGCACGGGGGCUUACUGCUGUGACCUUUAGCGUCUAUGCACUGUAUAAAAUAAACGCCAACGAUUUAAAUUGAGUCUUCCCAUGUCUUAAAGUCAUGUGCCUGUAGCACUUAAUUUUUUUUGAUGCUAACUUUCUCAUUUUUUCCGAGAAAGACUCCGCCCUACAGAUCUUUCUUUUUUUUAUCUUAAAGGUCACAUUCCUCUUCGGCAUCUGGUGUACAGAGUGCAUGCACUACCAGAAAGCAUGCGUCCGUUGGUAUGGGACUUUGGUCAGCUUAAGCCUGAAAUUGAGGAGCUUUACAUUCGUCAAAUCGUCACCAGAUUUGUGAGUCUAUUUUCGUUGUUCGAUCUGUAGAAGAUGGAAGACCAAAAUUCCAGACCUUGAUUUCAUUUGGAAGAAGAGUAAAACUUAAGAGACACCUAGAGACCUGUCAAUUUAGGAAACAUUAUUUACCUUUUUCAAACAAGGUUUUGCAAGAAGAGAAAAUUCCAGGAGAUGCCUCGCUCGUGAAAGCCUUGACAACCAUACUUACUGCUUCUCAGCGCUACAUGAGGGACCAAACGGUAGGUCAAGCUUUCUAAAAAAAUUUGUUGGCGUGGCUCGAAGACUUAUCGUAGAUAAAUAGGAAAUGUAGGAAUUCUAUUGUAACGCAACUCUUUUCUGACUUUACUCAAAUAAUUACACUGAACCGAACCGAACAGGAUGAGUGCAGCUUUGUGAGUCUUCGCGAUGUUGAACGUGCAAUGAAUGUGAUGGUUUGGUUUUACAAUCACCGUAAUGCUCUCAAUCCAUUAAUGGAUGAUGACACCGAUGAAGACAGUGAUGACGACGAUGACGACAGCGAUGUCGAGUAUGACGAGGAUGAAUUGGAUCAGGUAACGCAGUUUUAAUGACUUUCCAGCAUCAUGUAAGAGCAGCAUUGAUGUUGUUCUCGCGAUCGCUUCACACUGUAGACUGAUGUGAUUAUUCGUUUGUAUUGCACUACUCAUCCUCAAUCUGGCUUUUCGCUUAUGGUGAAUUUCUGGUUUUUCUUCGUAAAGGGCAAUGAUGGUCUAUUUUUUCUUUGGUUUAGCUUAAGCAACCAAGGUCAGGGUCUAACUCAUGGAAUGACACCAUUGUCCUGACAAUUAGUUGAAAGGUCAUCUAAAUGUACUUUUUAUAAAUCGAAAUAAGCGAAUUUUUAUAACAAGCAUGCACACAUAGGUCUGACGUUCAGAAAGACCAUGAAUCAAUAACCUAAGAGAUGCAACUAUUAUAACUCCACUCUUAUUCUUCUGUUUUUAUUAGCCCCUUGAUGAUGUUACUCGAGCAGUUGUGCUCUCCCUUGGGGUUUGUUAUCACGCACGCCUUCAGGACAGAAAGCCAUAUCGUCAAGCCGUCGCUCAAAGCUUUGCAAACCCCUGUCAAUUGCCCGGCGGACAAGAACGUAUUCUGAAGGAAAUCACAAGGUAAUGUUAACAAACAUCUAUCGUGUACCCUGUGGUCGAGAUAGGGCGAGCAUUUUUUCAUUUCUGUUUAUGAUUGGACUUACCUUGUGAGGUUGUUUCGUGCUUUAUCGUUCCCCAGCUGUCAGAAGGCAGUGUUGAAUGAACUGGAACUUGGGGAAAACAUUGCUCGCAAUACAGCAUUGAGCGAAAAUGUGUUCAUGAUGGUGGUAUGUAUUGAGCUGAGGAUUCCACUGUUUGUCGUCGGUAAACCGGGUAGCUCCAAGUCACUUGCCAAGACUGUUGUAACUGACAACAUGCUUGGAGAUGCCUCAAGGUCUGAUCUUUUCAAGACGUUCAAGCAGGUAGGUAGUUGAUGUAUGUACAAGCUGCCCUUUUCAAAAAUGAUGCAAUGGCGCGUUCUGGAGGAAAUUGAAAGCUCAUUUUGAAACAAAAUGAUGCAUGCCCUGGGUGUAUUCAUAAUUGAAAAAGAAUGUCUCGAAGCAAUAAUCAUUAGGGGAAAUUAGUAUACUCACUAAGUUCCCUCAGUUGAUGGAACGGCUUUACUGAUUCUACUUUUGACCAGGUCCAGAUGAUUUCUUAUCAGUGCAGUCCGCUCUCAACUGCUGAAGGGAUCAUGGCAACCUUUCGCAAUUGCAGUAACUUACAGAAAGCCAACAACCCAGACAAGUAUGUAUCAGUUGUGGUCUUGGACGAGGUUGGCCUUGCUGAAGACUCACCUUUGAUGCCCCUGAAAACUCUUCAUCCGCUACUUGAAGAUGGGGUGAACUCAACCGAUGACAUCAUUGCCAAUGAAGAGCAACUUCCAGAUAGAGUGGCGUUCAUUGGGAUCUCUAACUGGGCUCUAGACCCCGCCAAAAUGAACCGUGGAAUUAUGUUAUCACGUGGUCUGCCUGAUUCUGAAGAACUUGUGGAAAGUGCAAUGUAAGAUUUUCCCUCGGUUAAUUUUUGAUAAUGACAGCCUGCGAUCUACAGACUUAAAACCGUGACAGCAUCCUUAUUUUCCUACUUUCAGUAGUGAAAUAGAAACUUGUGACAGAUGAAAUUUGUAAACAGGAAUUUAAAGUACGGUUUGGGAAUGUAAUAUUUUAUACUGAUUUUUAACUUGUUAUCAUGCAGGAAACGUUCACAACAUAAAUUUUCUUUCUCUGUAGGGGCAUUUGUUCCACCAAUAAACGCAUACAAAGCUUUGUUGCACCACUAAUGAAUCCCCUGGCACUCGGUUACAAAAAAUUGUACGAUAAUCAAAGAGAGUCUGAGACCCUCCAGGAGUCCAAAAAAGAUGAAUUUUUUGGCCUUCGGGAUUUUUACAGGUAGCAGUAUGAUUGAAAUGUUAAUUCUGAUAGUUCUCUCAUUAUUACUGAUUAGCUGCUUAUGUGUUGUAGCUGAACCCUGGUCAUCUUUGGUUGACCAUACGUCAUUACUAGCCACUCUGAGGUUACGCUCAUGUAGAAAUGUAGCAGUUCUAUGGGCAGAACUGACCAGAUACGGGCUCUAAAACUGUAGCGUCUUACAUGCGAGCCUAUUUUGUCCCUUUUUCUUUACAAUAGAUGGGUUAGUUCACAAUAAGACCCUUGACAUACUUUGUAAUCCUUGCUUUUGUACUGCAAUUAUGUCUUGUAUUAAUCGUUUAAGUUGACGCAUUUUUUAAAUAUUUUCGUUCACCAUCUGGCUGCUAUGUUAACGAAUAUUUCAGGUUUCAAGUUCUCCAUUUGUAAUAAAAUUAGUUGGCAAGGAAGAUCCCUCAGUCGGUAAAUAUUUUUAGGAACUAUUGGAAGCUUAGAUUUAUCAUCAGGAUGAUGGGAUUCAACUCUACUUCUUAGCAGUAAUUAGCGUGUAACUUCUUCUUACGUCGCCUUUAAAUGUGGUACAAACUUUUAGGCUCGUAGCCAAAUUAAAUUCCGUUGCAGCUGACGUCUAUCAAAUUUUGGCAGUGAACGGAUUUAAAUUAUUUUUCUUUUUACCCCAAGCCUUGUGAAAAUGGUGUACAAAAUUGCUGAGGAGCAAGGUCGCGAGCCACGUUGGCCUGAGGUAGAACAUGCCAUAAGAAGAAACUUUGGGGGACUGGAUGAGAUUGAACCUGUGGAAAUCUUCAAACAAUUCGCUUUCGGUGGAAGCCGCAUGGUAUGUGUUUUAUCGGUAUUUUUUUAUUUCUAGUUUACCCAUACCUUUUGUUUUUGUAAUAUUAAUGAUCUGUGCAUUUGUUAAAAAUACUUUUAAAAGAAAUGAAUGAAAAUAAAUUGUCAUAGUUAGAAAAGAGGUCAAAGAUAUUAACUCGAAUGCAUUUGUCGCAUGUGCAUUGAACGUAUCAAGCUAUUGAUGUUAUCACCGUUGAAGCAGGUCACUGUCAUUUUCACUUCAAUGCAUAUCUACUCGGCUCUUGUCUCUUGAAGAUGGAGCAAAAUGAAGAUCCGUUGUCUGCUGUGAAUCUGAUCAAGGCCAGCCUUAAAGAUCAAAAGAAAACGAAAGGGUAAGGAAGACGUUCAAUAUUGUCUAAUUCAUCACUGCGCAGGGCUCAGUUGCUCGGCUCUGCUAUCUAUCAUUAGAUAAACUGUCAAGACAAAGUUUUAGCGGUUUGUUCAUGUCAAAUAAAACGAUAACACUUUAAUAAUCUUUUACGCGAAAUCAGAUCCAUGCAUUAAGAAUUCAAAAUCUAAUAAGUGGAGCAGUUCUUGUUAAAAGGUGUUUUUCUUUUGGUUCUUUUGGUUUAAACAGAGAGAGUCGAUACCUACUGGUAUUGACAGAGAAUUAUGCCGCUCUGCCGAUUGUUUUGAAAGAGUUACUUCGAACCGGUGAUGAAACUCGACCUGGUGACGAACCUGUCGUAAUUUUUGGGAGCAGCUUUCCGAAAGAUCAGGAGUACACACAGGUACUUACACUUUGUAACACUCGUAUUAAAUAAUGUAAUUCACACUAAAUUUGACUUCUGAAUAAGGUGGCAUAACUAAUUGCAGUUAUUCCACAUUAUUUAGGGAACUCACCUUGAUGGUUGACAAGUCAAAGUGUUGAUUUCAACUUGUAAAUAGGAUGCUCCUUUGAAACGUUUGAAAUAAUCUUCAGAGGAUACGGCUGUAAUCUUUGGCGUCUAUAAUGGCUAGAAUCGCAACUUGAACAAAUUGACCAAACUUGUAAUAUCAAAGUGAAAGAGGAGCUACUCGUCCCAUUUAGUAUGUUUAGAUAACAACGAAUAAAAACGAAAAUAUUCGUUAAAGUUAGUCAUUUUGAUCGUUUUAACGUUGGUUAUAGGACCAACUGGAGUUACUGAUAUCAUUAUGUUUCGUACGAGUAGUCAACGAUCAAUUAAACCUAUGGCCCAUAAAGCCUUAUAGUAGAACUGCUGAAUUGACACAGAAACUGGUCGAUUAGACCGUCCAACUAAAACCAUAGUGGACACGCUGUUCUGUUGGGGCAUAAAUUGUGGAUUAUUGGCGAUUGAGUAGUGGUUUGAAUUUGCGACCCUUUUCUGUUGCACAUAUUUACAGGUUUGCCGAGACAUUAAUCGAAUUAAGGUAUGCAUGGAGACAGGACGGACUGUAAUCCUUCUGAAUUUAGAGAGCCUCUACGAGAGUCUCUACGAUGCUUUGAAUCAGGUAUGGAUGGGAGGAAAAAAAUAAUUUUUCUCGUUAAAGUACAGCACAUUCUAAUGAUGUUAAAGAAAGCUUGGUAACGAAUUGUACAUUUUAAACUGAAGCAAGCACUGAGAAAUCCUGUCUGGUUUACAUCUUUUCAAAAUGGAUCAUUCGUUAUCAUUAAUUCUUUCUCGGUCUGUUUGUCCGUUUCGUUUUAUUUUCACCAGAAAAUGCACGCAUCAGUAGCUUCGUAAUGUUCCAUUUUCUCUCUUCUUUUUCGUUCUUCGAGCAUCGGUGUUAUUCAUUGUCUCUCGUUGUCAUGCAGUGCAUGUUUUUCUUACUGUUUUCUAAUCUUAUCACUCAGUACUAUGUGUAUUGUGGAGAUCAGAAAUUUGUUGACCUUGGACUAGGAAGUCACCGCGUCAAGUGCCGUGUACACAAUGAUUUCAGGUAAGUAUAACGGCGGUUUGUAUUUCACUUAGGAUACAGACGGAAUCCCUUCUAUAGUAAACUGCAAGACCUGCUUCAAUACGCAACGAAACUGAUCGUACUCUUCUUUGAAGUAUUCAUUGUAGAGCACUUUCUCCUGGUUCUUUACAAUACAUCCAAGAAGAAGUCUGGGAAGUAAAUCCCAUUUGUCCUCUCUACGAAGCUGUAUGUUUGUGUGUAUUUUAAUACAUCUUUUUAUACAAUAAAUCUUCAUGGACAGACUCGUUGUGAUUGCCGAAAAAGACGUCGUUUACAGUAAGUUUCCAAUACCCCUCAUCAAUCGCCUGGAGAAACAUUAUCUUGUGACGUCAGCCAGUCUCAGUCCUGCUCAAAAAGUCGUUGUAGAUCAACUCAAUGAUUGGGUCAACGGAUUUUCCCACGUCAACAUUCCGCGACAUCAACAGAUGAGGUAUGUAUUGAAUCUGGCCACAGCUAAAAUUUCAACUCUUUCAUUUCUAAGCAUUUCUUGGAUUUAAGUUAGAACACUCUCAUUUCUCAUAGAAUUAUGCUUACUUCAUAGUAGAUUGUAAUGUCGUUUCAGAAAGCCUGGCAGCACAAUUUUCAUGCGUGAUUAGGUCACUUUGUCCUAUUGCUAUUGCGCCAGAGGCGUUGGCAUCAUUUACCCUUAAACGAAUUCCGUAUGACCCAUUAUUUCUUUCUCUUGUUUGAUCAGGUAACGACCGAUUUCUAGUAAAGAAUAAGAAAUAGUGACGGAAAAUGGUCAGUAAAAUUUUGAAAAAAUUUAGAUUCAGGUUUUCAUCACAGAGGGCUUCAACGAUGGUUUUUCGCUCUUUUAAAAAUUUUAUUUUAGGGCGUUUGUUGUAUUCAGAACGGGGAUUUUUUUUAGUUCAAUAAUUUUUUUGGCUAAAACUCAUGUUAACGCAUUAUUAUCAUGCUGUUUGAGUUUACCUAGAUCACUGAAUGUAAAAAAUUUGACUUCAUGCCAUAAAGGAAAUAUUUGCCUGGUGAUGCAUUUGUCGGUUACCACGACGAUACUGCAGCAUCAGUAGUGCUACAAGUAUGCAGUGACUUAGACGAGGAUGAACUGUACAGUCGUUUCAACGACAAGAAUUUUUCGGAAAGGGUACGUUAUUUAGAAUGUAGUUAUCAACAUUGCUAGUAAUGUCUUGAAGUAAUCCUAAAGGCAUAAAUAUACUCUUUGGUUAUCAUCACUUUUUCAGUUCCUACCUGUAAGAGCUGAAGUAAGAAGCACGUGUAUUUCUGUUUUGUAGGGUAUCUUUGCUCUUUCAAAUGGUCUUUUAAUUUAAAUCCUGAAUUUUUCAUUACAUUUGACGUUGUAGGUCCUGAAGGAAUCCCAGGAAUUGCUGUUGCAGUGCGCCACACCUGAUGCUGUGGCAAGGUUGGUUCAUACAAAGCUUGCUACACGGGCAGACCAACUAUGGGAGAUUUACUUUACAGGCCAGGAACAUUCAAGUUUAACAGCUUUCCUUCGAAAUGUGUUAACAUCAGAAGAAACGAAAUUGGGCCAGCCCGAGGGAACUUUGAUUCAGGUGAGGGUGCUUUGGCAUAUUUACUUAAGUACUACAGAAGUUCCAUACACUUGCUUUUACGUCUUAAUUAAGUUAAUAUAUAGAUUUAGCCAAGCCUAAAAGCGGAGCUCGCAUAUUUUUUUGCCCGCACGUCUCAAGGGCACAACGCCUUGCCCCGGCCAGGACUAGAACCCGGGUCGUCCGACUCGGAGCCCAGUGCACUGACCACUGGACUACUGAACAAAGCUGUGGCGUUGGCGUGCCCGCGGUACAGUCGACCACGCAUAUUAAAAGUAGCACCUUGUAUGGUUGUACGGUCGUACGGUCGUACGGUCGUACGGUCGCACAUUCGUACAGUCGUACAUCCAAAUUUUUUCGGCUUGAUGGGUUUCUACUAUUUUGCAUAAUUAUGGGCCUACGCUCUGCGAGCUCCGCUAUUAUGUAUUAUGUUCCUGCUUUGUGUAUCUGCUGUGAAAAUCUGUACUUGUACAUGGAUAUUUUCAGAGUAUGUAGUUGCAAAUCUGGUGACAUAUACUUAUUACUUCUGAGGGAAGCUAUACUUAUGCGUAUGUUCCUAACUAUUUGUAGGUGACGACUCAUGCUAGGUUGCUGUCGUCGAAUGAUUUGAAAGAUAUUUCAUCUGCUACCUCUUUGCCAUUGUCAAACGUCUCAUGUCUAAGUCUGCAGCAGUUCCACACAGAGCAACAGUUCUGCUCAUCUGUAAGGUGAGGACGUUUUGUAAGUGGUAGAUCAAAUGCUAGGUAUUUGUUUGAUAACUAUUUAUGUCGAUAAUUUAAUGAAACUUCUUGUCUAUAAUGAAGUAGUAAAAAGUAGUAAAACUUAGUAAACAACUUUCAUAUCGUUUGUAAAUUCCAUGAAUAUUAAUUCGUGUUCACAGGGAUUUUUUUGCGAAACUUGGUGGAAGAGAGGGAUUGCUCAUGGUCCAGUGUGAUGCUGGAGAUCUUAAUAGCAAACUGAUCCCCUGUGCUCGUCACUUGCUAGUGGAACAAAGAACCACAGCAGAGCAAGAUUUUCUAGAAAGCGUUGGGUGUGCUCCCUCGUCAUUCGUGCAUAUUGUUCUCAUCAUUCAACUGCCUCGUCUUGUUGGAGGUUGUCCAACUUUUGCUGGUUUUCAAGGAGGACGCUGGAUAUCUGUCCACAUCGAUGAACUUCGCCCACCGACAGGUCAAAUACCAGCCAUCCAGUUUAUGGUGGACCGGCCAAUCAGUAACUUGUUUGACGUAGCACCGACCAUCACACGGGCUGAUGAUAUGGAAGUUGAAGAGGAAGAGGAAACAGAGGCUGAUAUCGACAUGGAGGCGUCGAAUGAUGUUUCCGGGACUAAUGCCAUUUUGGAUAAAGUAGAUAUUGUCAGUCUUGUGAGAAGCUGUAUUCAAGCUGCCGUUGCAAGACUUGACGAAGAGUCCUGGCGUCCGUCACGAUCGACACGCCGGAUUGAACUGAUGUUAAGUCUUCUCCCGGACUGCAGAUCUAGUGGGACUGGUAAUUAUAACAGGACUCUUUGCUCUUUACUUUAACGAUAUGCCGAGUGUCCCAACUCGAACGUGUUAUUGUUAUAGGUGCCUCCAUUAUCUAAGCUCCUAAAUGUAAGCAGCACUUUUUUCGUAUAAGUGUCUCCGAUCUGUCUGAACGUUUAAGAUCCUCCUUUUCUUUCUCAAAUGAUGUUUGAUUUAACGUGCCUGGACUUCUAGAUUAUUUUUUCUAGCAUUUAGUUGAGAUGACGCGGCUGAUCGGUUUAGCUUCAGAUAAUCCAUUUUCUACCAAUAGAUAGGCUCCAAGCCUUGGAGUUCACUUAAGCAGGAUCCCUGCUUAAGUAAACUUCGGAAAAGACCGACUGGGCACUAAGUCAACUUUUACGGUAUAAGGCGAGAAUUGAUUAUUUGCCAUUUAAAUGAAACAUGCUCGAAUUUUAUAAGGUUUCGCCAGUUUUUAAAGGUUAUCUAACUAGAGUUUAUCUUUUUUCUGCCAGAUUUGUCAUUUGCUACGGUUUUGUCUCGGCGAAUCCACAAACUACUUCAAGAAAAGGAUGAGCGGGCUGGGAUGAAAGCCAUUGACUGGUUACGCUCAGAAGCUUUGAGUGGUACCGGGAUCCAAGAAAAUGGAACAUUCAGAAAAGCACUGUGGCAGAAAGUAUAUACGUCAGUAAUACCAAUUCUCUCUGAAGUUAUUGCCCUUGUGGACCGCGAUUCUAACUUGGAACUUGUGACGGGUGAAGGUACCUGGUUGUCACGCCUUUGGAUAUCACUUUUCCAAAGCCAAGAUAUAGUUGAACUUCAGUACGAUAGCUUUUUGUCCCUUGAGAAUGGCAUCAUAAGGGAGCGCGUGCCAGUAAUGACUUCUGCGUGUGAAAGACAAAAUUUUGACUUGCAGUUUCCUUUCUCAUGGCUGAUCAAAGAGAGAAUUGAUGCUAUGUGGAAAGAGGCCUGUAGUAUUGCAGGUAAACACUUUUUUAAAUAUUCAGCGUACCCAUGAAAUAGUUUCAUUCUAGUUUCAACAAUGGCCCGAUUUAUACUAGAGACGGAUCGUCCGUCUAGACGGAUCAUCCGUCAUACGGAUAAUCCGUCCAAGUAUAAAUCUGAAGACGAAUUUUGACGAAUUAUCUGUCUAGAUAUAAAUCGUUCGCGAGUUUCACGACGGGUGUCUCGGUGUUGAGCCGAGUGGAAGCCUGGCAAGAGCUUAAAUAUGGCGGCUCUCGUAGCCUUGUUGAUGAAAUCGAGAAGAACAGCAUUGGAUAUGGCGGUAUAUCAGAGAAGAAUAUCCUCUGUCAAGCGCAUGUUUGAGCCGGAAAAUAGCUUAAUGAACUUCAUGUUACCCUUUUCUCUCGCUAAUCUUGCUCAAGAUAGGAAGACAAGAAGUAGAGAUGAGAUAAGAAACAAGAAAUCACUUCCUCUGUAUUGUGGGUCAUAUAUAACUUCUGCGAAGACGUCCGUGUCUUGAUCUGUCCAAGUCAACUUCUUGUUUCCUUUCUUCUUCUUUUUUGUGAUUGCUUUCGAGGGCACGAUUACUUUACCGGACGCCAUCUUGAAAUAGGCAUCCCAGGAAACCUUGCAAAACUAUAGAAACCAGUCUCUUUCAUAAGGAAACUUCGUCAAAAACCGUCCUCGUUUUCCGUCUAGAUAAAAAUUUAGAGACGGAUGAUCCGUCUAAGACGAGCUAUCCGUCUGUUAGCACGUCUUGAAGACGUGCUGACAGACGGAUCAGCCUGAGACGGAUUUUGCUCCAUAAUUCGUCUUAGUACUGAAUUUAUAUUUAGACGAGUUAUCCGUCUGAGACGGAUGAUUCGUCUCUGACGGAUAACUCGUCUCUAGUAUAAAUUCGGCCAAUAAAGCACAACAAUGUGCGUUAUACUUUCAUAACACGCUAAACUUUAAGGAUUGUUUAGUACAGAACUCAAAACAAAAUCUGCACGCACGGAUAAAAAGAACCGGCGAGUUUUAAUUGUUUAUUUAGUUUUAAUUUCGGUAGACUUCACAUGUGGGACUCACUGAGUUUAUAGCAUAAGUUCCUCGAGUCUUUCCAUUUCUUUUCCAAACAGUAUUGCGUAUGCGUCUUGAUUUAGCUAACAUUGAAAAAAAAAAUUUUUGACGAAGUCAAAAAUAAAUAUAUUUCGUUCGCUAUAUAAACGAAAGUAGAAGGUUCUUGAAGUCAUUGCUGUUUCAUUCUUUUAUAAGCGAGAACAAACACCCCAGUUCAGCGGUGUUUGUGCGACCUAGUGACUACUUCGGAAAUCGGACGACUGCUCGAAGAAACUGAAUAUGAAGGCUACGAGGAAGCCGCAGUGAUGCGCUACCUUCACGACUUCGUUCACACGGUCCACAAACCAACAGUUCCUGGAGAGGAAGAGGUAGGACAUCAUAAAGAGUGCUGAUUGGAUUCUCCUAUCUCUUUUCUACGAAAUCUAGAUCCGCUUUUGUCGUAGCAAGCGCAUAUGAAUUAUGCACGACAUGCAUCGAAUCAGUGGCAGAAAGGGGCUGCUGUUUUAGUUGAAAAAGAAAUGCAAAUUCGUACAGGAAUGUAAACCAGUUUCACCCACGAGCCUGAAAGAUCCUCUACCUAGACCAUUUGUAUAUAGUUUUUCACGUCACCUUUCUGUUCACCUCAUAGUGUGAAGCACAUGUGAACCUAGGGUAUAGCCUUUCUCGCCUGGUUUGACUUAUGUUGGGAAAUAAUCUGUCGUUUGUCACACAUUAGCAGAGACGAAGCCAACCUGCUAUUCUGUAGAUGGUGAUAAAAUUUACUAGCUGAAUGACAUGUGGACCGAGAACCUGGGGUGAACUUGAGACUAUCGACCCAGCUGCUUCUAUAUUAUCUUGAAUCUGUGGCAAUUUGAAUUUUAUGUUUUCGAGCUAUCGCCAAAUUGCCACCUUGGAACUUACCAAGAAUGUAAAAAAUUUUCAUUUUGUAUUAAUUUUUUUCAGAAGCCUGGUAGUAUAUUCAUUCUUGUUUGUUACUCAACAGCUAAUUAGUCAAGCCAUUGUCACAGCCGCUCGCAAGUUGCAUGAUGAGACAUGUUCGGAUGAGGAAUUCACCCUCACCAUCUCUUUCAUCCACGUGGCUUAUGAUCGCAUCGAGAAACGUUUGACGAACUUCUGCCAACUAGUACAGGCUCAACCAGAUAUUGUCACCAGCCUUCGGGAAGUUAUUCCUCCAAGCGAAACGGAGAUGGUAAGCUUAUUGCUUGUUUUGAAAAGUAAUCCUUCAAUCGAAAAUUUCAUGAGAUUAAAUUUAGCCUUCUUAUUUUUAGCCUUUUACGCUUUAGGACGUUUCACGCACUUAUAUUUUUGAAUUAUGAAUAAAAACAGUGUAGCAGUAAGAUUGAUAUGAUGCAAUAAUACCUUCAAGGUCCUGGAUGCCGUCGCUCUAGAGAUUUGCUUGUCCAAACUUGAACCUGGUGCUGAAGAGUUUGACGAUCCACAGACUCGCUUAGUAUGGUGUAACAGAGUGUUGAGUAUCAGAACAAGUGCUGAGAACAUGAUCAGUAAUCUUUCACAGUAUGGCCGGAAAGUAAACCACAUUCUACUUAAUUGCAGGUAUUGCACUUUUUAAAAUUCUAGAUCGACUAAUCACAUUUCAGUUUUUUUCGGUGGAAUUCGCUUUGCUUUUGGCUCUUAACCUCUUACCUGAAGUACACUCAAAAGAAAUAAUAACCGCAGUCAAGAUUACUUUUUAGAGCUUGUACCUAAACUUAAUAGGUAAGGAUAUUAUUGUAUCUGAUAUCACUACUUUUUUUUUCUUUCGUGAACUUUCUGUGUCAGGUCAACUUGGCAGAGAGUAAGUGCUGUGCGAUUGUUUAUUGAACAUACCUGCCCUGGCACAGUUGCAUGCCACCCAGCAGAUGUGAGGAAUGUUUUUAAACUGUGGAAGGUGGGUCGAAAUAUCUAUGCUUGUAUUUGAAUAGCUUAAGAGUGUGUUGUGGUUCUUAGUGCUUUGACUUUAGAUUUCACUUUCUGUUUCCUCUGUUUCCAAAACAAUCUUUCUAACAGGCGUUGGGUGAUGAGACAGACUUUACAAAGCCGCAAACAAUGCGAGUUAUUGAAAAGUUUCUUGUGGAUUGCAGCGAAGCUGUUAGUAAACGUUAUACCAGGUAAGGAGAUGGCAGUAAAAAUGUUAGGAUAGUUGGUCAUGAAUUGGACCUCUGUCAUUGUGCUUUUAAAAAGGCGCUAGUAUUACUGAUGUUUUUCAAAAUCUUUUUUGAUAAUUUUCUUGCCCUCGAUUCGCCUCGAUGAGAGUGACCUCUCCUUCCAACGUUCAUCGUGCUUCCCGUGCGUGCGUCUAAAACUUACACAGAUAGGUUUCGUUGCCCUUAAGCAGCAUUUCUUCUGUCCCACAGUUAUGGUGUGAACACCUGUCCUGUGUGUCUGGAUGGUCUGGCUCAGAAGGAUCCUGUCAAAAUGCCUUGUGGUCACGUAAUUUGCCUUGCGUGCAUCACUAGCUGGAUUGAAAGGGAGAGAAAAUGUCCGUGCUGCAAGAGAGACGUACCGGAUGAUUUCAAGAUCUUACCCACCAAACUUGUAAGGUAUAAUGUAUUUAUUGUAGCCUAGGUAGCCCAAGCUCGCACAGGGAGCCAUCGUAAAUACCUGUAUUUUGUGCAAGAGGCCCUAUAUAGUAGGACUAUGUGUGGAAAUAACGGUUACCUAUGUUUUAAAGCGCGUUAAAUUUAAUUGUUCUAAAAACCAAAACUAAAGCAAUCAAACAACGGCCAAUCAGAAAACAAGUGCUCUAAAGAAUUAAUGAAGAAAACACAGAUGCGCUAGAAGUCAUCUCGAAUAACAGGUUAGUUUUGCCCACAAGUCAUCUUACCUACGGAUCGAUACGCCCCCAAGUCAGGUAGCCUGCAGAUUUGUUUCGCCUACAGUUCAUAUCGCCCAUAGGUCGGUUCGCCCCAAGUCAACUGGCCUGCAGAUCAGUUUCGCCCACAUGGAAACAACCAUAUUCAAGGGGUAAACACGCGUGAUCAAGUCGGAAUUUCAUCUGAUUGACUGGGAGAAUGGGGCAAAUUUCUAGAUCCAUUGUAAAGCUCAGCAAAGCGAAAUCAGGCCAUUCCAUAGUACUUUCAACACUCAAUUGAAAAGUUCCCCAUCAAUCAACGAAAAAAUGAACUAAUGAAAAAUACAUUAAGUGUUUUCAGUUUCGUAAAGAAUUUUGAACUUGAGCAUAAGUCUAAGUUCCUCGCACAAGGCGUUUUGGAUGAGAUUGAUAAUGGAGAAUCAAACGAAAAGUUGCGCUUUCCUCUUUGUAAACUUAUCAUCAUUUGCUAUACACUGUAGUAAUGACAUAAAAGUCUUUGGAGAUAGAUAUAACCGCUUCGCAUAAUGUUAUUCCCUUAUUUUAAGAACCAUUCAUUGACCGAGUUGGGUGUGCAAUUAUAUUUACAGGAAAGCUGUUCGAGAACACUUCGAUUUCCGUCGUCGGUGCAACUCCUUCUUCAUGGAGCUUGUCUCAUUGUUCUGUUUUGGCACAAAGGACGAUGAAGGUGUUAUGGAUCCUGAACUGUUUAAAAUGUUCAUGAGUUAUGUGAUAGAAGCCAGUUCAAAGACUAAGGAUUUUUCUCCUUUUCCGGAACAUGGCAUUGAUGCAACACCUGUAGUUAGAUCGUUUCUGCUACAACAACUCCUGAGAGCAGGGUAUGUACAGCUGUUAAUGGCGGUAAUACGUUUUUUAUUUGUGGGGCUUAAAGUAGAAAAACCAAUGCUCUGCCAUCCGACCAAGGUUGACAAAUUCCUUAGAUAAUGGUGCGGCACCAGCCGAAAAUCACUCCUUCGUUUUUUUUAACCUCAGGGUUCGAAACCUUUUGUCUUUAGGGCAAUUAUUUUCACUAUUUGUAUCAAUCAAAUUCUUUAUUUUCCUACUAUGAAUGUUAUAUCAGGUCAUAGUCUCUUUCUACCAUCGUGAUUUCCCUUUUCUUUAUCGUUGCUCAUUUUUAUCACUAUUUUUUCCAGUGACAAGGAAGUAAAAGAGCAUUUAACACACUACUUGGCCAGCGCUCGAGAGCUUAGACCAGAAACAGGUCAUUUGUUACAAGUCUGUCAACUUUUUGUGCACUGUUGGGAGGUGAGCUUUGGAAUUACAAUUUAUUUGAAAUACGCAGUACUGCUAUUGUUUACGGAACAGGCUCUUUAUUCAGCACUCGCCUUUGAUCUAGUUCUGACCCACAAGAGAUUCAGUACUCUAUUUAUCCUUUAGUUAUUUUCUUUUUGUGUUGGCAAUUUAUCAUCACAAGGAAUCACAUUGAUCAACCUAACUUAAUUAUGAAAAUGCUUUCCUUGUUGUGAAUAACUACACUGUAUUAAUAUCUCUCUAGAAAUAACUAUCUUUUCAAAGAUAGCGUGAUACUCUGUCCAUUGCUGCACACAAAAGAUAAUCUGAAGAAGUUUCUCACUACUUUGUCGUUCACUCUGUUUGCAGGACUCCCUGAUCAGCUUGUAUUCUAAAGCCUCGGACAAUUUGCUUGUUAUGAUUAAACUUGCUCAGCAACUUUGCGAUGAAUGUUCUCCUUUGCUUACCUCCAACUCGCCACAGCAACACACUCGAGACCUCGAUGUAGAUGUUUUAGAAGCCGUUGCUAAAGCGCGCUAUGCUUUAGCAUUAGUUGCUAAGUUUAUGUACGAAAGUGUCACAGAAAAAGACGGUCCGUGGAAUGAUCGGGUUGUACAAAACGAAUUACAAAGCCUUUUUGAAGGAGCAAGGAGAAUGUGCUACAAGAGUCUGAGCCAGAUUCCCCGACUGUACCUUCUGAGACAGCUAGCGAGGAGGUUUGGUGUGGAGUCGAUCAAUAUCUUGUGUGAUAAAAAGGAGUCUGAGUGGAUUUUGCCACCAGAGAGUAGAGACAAACAGGUAAAAUGCGUGAAGAAGUAGAUUAGGUCAAUACCUUCGCCUCUUAUUUCAGUUAUAAAUCUCUUUUAAAUUACAAGCUUCUUUUCUAUUUUAACCCUUUGUAGUAAACUUAAUACCCUUCAUUUAUUUUCCCUUUUUGUCUUCUCCAGCAAGGAGAUAUUGGUCCUGAUAGGUUUAUUAUAUACGGAGAGGAGUACAAGAAUAUCAGAGAAGCUAUGGCAGAGACUGUGCUAAGUGGUACACCGAAGGAGUUGAAUAGCGCGCUCCAGGUACGAAACCGUAAGAGACAGCCUAUAGCUGUUUACAUCCACACUGUUGAUCGCUUUAGUCUCAAAUUCGAAAUAGUUUUGAUUGUCUCGUUGUCUUAAACGAGGCCGUGUAGUUAAAACUUAAUGGUUGGUUUUCGAUCGCAUUUUUCUACCACGAGGCAUACUCUCAGAAUAUGAUAAUAAAAUACUGGAAAAGCGAAAUGUAAUGCUGCGAAGAAAACGAAAACUACUCAACUACGUGACAGAGAAAGGCAGUUUCCAAAGCGCGUGCAUCGAGUUGUUUUAAAAGAUAUUAUAGUGUAGAAGUAAAUGCUGUCUUUUAUUGGCGAUGAAAUUUAUCUUUCCUGUAUUGUUUAUAGAGCAUUGUCUUGCCGCCUGUCGUGAGGGAUGUCAUGAUUUUGUUGUCUGAAUAUCGUGAAGUGACCACUUGCUAUGGUUUCACCUCCACUCAACGACAACUCUCCCCAAGAGUAAGAAACUAACAGUAUUUUUUAUGUAACCGUGAUACAUGCUUAGCUGACUCUAAUAAACCACUGAAAGGAGGUCUGUUGCUAUUCGUAAAGGUGCACUUAUGAUGUCAAUAAGCUGACCAAACAUCAACAUACCUUCAUAUCGUAUUACACAGGUAGUUCACAGUCAUACACGUCGAUAAACAGAAUAUUAUUGGCAAGCCUGAUUUUGUUAGGAAAGAAGUGUAUAUACAUGUAAACAACAAGGAAAUGAAUACAUGCGCCGUGUCCUUUCUUUCGAUGAAGGUUAAAAUCUCAGUACUUGAUCAAGAAACAUAGGGGAAAAUCGUGAUUGGUUUUCCUCGUUGUAGGGUUUUUAGCUGCAGUUUUAGAUUUUUCACCUCGAUGAGAUCAAGCGGUAGUCCCUGAUAGCUUAUUAAAUGCUUUGCUUUUUCAGGCUCACCAGUGUUUUCAAGAAUUUAUAAGUGAAGGUGCUCAGCUUUCUGCUGGGGUGAGUUAAAACGGAGCAUGUUAUUUCUGGGUGACAUCUGCAAUUUUACCUUUUCAUGUGGACUCUUUAACUCCCCUUGGUCACCAGUUUCUCCGCUUUAACAACUUUUGUUUUCCGCAGGCCCAACAAUUCGCCAUUCAGCUUCUAAACAACACCCAAGGUGAUGCAGGGUUUCCUGGCGUCCGAGUAGCUCCCGGUCGAUCAGCUUUGGACCAAAGUUUGGCGGAAAUUGUUGUUCAUACCACUGCUGUGCUACAGUGCACAAAUCAAAUGACUAUUUGCGAGCCAUUGCGUCAACUUAUGGACAAUCCUGUAGCUUUGAUGGUACGCUUAAGAUUAAUAAGAAAGCCAAACUAAGCCUUGCUUAUAUUCACUAAAUGCUAGUAGUUGCUAAAUUGAUAAUAGUUUUACGAAGUGAUAUCCUUUUGAUAAAGUUUCUUUCGUUUGUAUCUCAGAAUGCCUAUUUACCCACAAUGCCAGACGACAACCUUGAGGAAGCAAGAGCGGGAAUGCGUGAGGGUGGGAGCUGGUAUCGUAAGUAGCUCAAGAUAUUUAAAAAAAUUUAAUUUUGGUUAGAUGGUGGAAUGUAAGUUUUUAUGUCAACGGGAGACAUACUUAUCUUUUCGCAGAAUGCCCAAAAGGACAUCCCUACUACAUCGGAGAUGUGAGUAUCACCUUUUAACACAAGAGUGGCCUCUGCUUGCGUAAUUCAGCUUAAAUCAUUGUAGACAGUAUCAUUUGGUAAGAAACGAACUUUAACCAAGGAAACGUGAGCACGUUGGUCUAAGGCACUAGUCAUAGAUAGGUGGCGAUAAACAUUGAUGAUAUAGUACCCCACCUAUACUUUAAUAUCAAGUUUUUUCCACUGAAAGGACUGUGGGCAAGGAAAUUUCGCCGCUUAGUGUAUUCAAAACUCAAGUAGACACUGCAGCAAUCGCGUCUUCUAUCCCGUAUGGCUGGUAGUAUCGUCCUUAGAUUGUUAUUUUUCUAUUUUUACAGUGUGGUCGCCCCGUCGAGGUGAAGGUUUGCCCUGAGUGCAAGGUCCAAAUAGGGGGAGCCGGGUAUCGUCUCUCACAAGGGAAUACUGCGGCUCAGAGGUAUGGAAUAGCGCUUUAUUUGAUUACAUUAACCGUUCCGUUACAUGGGUAAAUACAUUAAGUGCCGUAUGCCCUAUAGAGCGUUGGUUUGAAAACAUUUUCGCAACUUCCCAGACACUAAUGGUUUUUGUCGAUUUCUUUAAUGGUGCCCAAAUUAUGCUUAACUUACUCGUGUAACCUCUGAUGGCUUAGGUGUACAUGAGUAAUCUCAUUUGGUGUUGGAUGAGCUGUUUAACCCAUUUCUUUUGCUUAUUGGUGACCGUUUACUUUCCCGGAAGUAAUUUUAAUUGAACAUUUUUUACUUAAUACAUUAAAUGACCCCGAAGUUUAAAAAUAUAAACUUUGAUUGUGUUAUCUUUUGUCUCCAGGGGGGAUCGAACAAUGACGGGCCACGUGCUUGGCCAUGCUAAUACCAGGUCCAGAAGUCUUGCUCCUGAAAGGAACUUGUCGCCUGUUCUUGUCGGCAUUACACGGAUUCUUAUGCACUGUGCCAUGAUUGAAGGAGCCCACCGGCAUCCACAGGUGAGCUGGCCCUUAUCCCUUCGACUAUAUCUUGAAAAGGGUUAAUUAUUUCUUGUUCAAUAAGUAACCCUUCUCAUACAGAAAAAACUAGUAGAGGUGAAAAUGUGAAUCUAGAACUUGUCAGUAUGUUACUCUUGGAGUCAUCACAACUCCUUCUCUUCCUUUGGUUCAUUCUUUAGGUAUCAGGAAUUAUCUGAGAAGACUAAAGGAAGUUGUAUCUUUUCUUAGUGUCCUUCACCUCAUUUGUCAUUGUUUUUGAAGAUAUGGUUGUUCUUGCUUUUGUGCUCCUUCUGCUUUUGACCUCAGUUUUGUUGUGAUCAUAAAUGGAUCACUCAGAGGGAUUAGGUAGGAGGUAUUAUACUUUAAAUUAGUCGGAGAAAUGUUUAGAGAAGGUGUCUUGGUGCUUUAUGUACUUAGAUAAAACGGCAAUUAUAUAUACUUAAACCAAAAAAGUAUGAAUUAAGUUCUGCCUUUCUAUACAUUUGAUGGCCCGCGAAUUAAAUUAUUAAGUAAACAUUAACGAAUUCUUAUGUGGGUAAGUUUUAAAACACCUGUAAAACUUCGUCUUGAUUAUUUUACUUUGUCUAGAAUAUUUCCAACCUCAUCAAUCCGACAAUUCCACCAGCGGCAUUGACACGUUUUUUGUGGGAUCACCUGCGGUUGGACUUUGAAGUUCUCGCCAAAAGCCUGGGGAGGAGUGUGGACGACACGGUGCUUUGUAUCCACAUGGUCCUUGCACAGAUGACCGCCCAUGUCAAUAGUGGUAGGCUUUUAAGAAUACCACGUGCUUCUCGUUUUCGAAGAAUGACGAAAAAAACUCGGAAAUUUGCCAAUCGUAAUUAAAGUCUCUUUGCUUUUCGCACCAGUCCUCAUAAUAGGACUUUUCCGCAUAAAUAUCAAAUGAAUAGGAAAAAUUACAAAGUGCAUAUCAUGGCCUAAUGCGGUAGGAAAGUUUAUUCUGUUACAUUUUAGAUCCUGCACAUUUUUAGUUAUAUAUGUUCAAACGUAUGUUUGCGCCAUGGGUUCAAAUAUUUGAUCUUAUUAGACGGAUAGAUAGAAACCCAUUGAAGCAGUUUCAUUUGCAAUCUAAUGAGAUUUGAAACGUUUUAGCGCAACAGGCCGCAGACUUUGCUUAUGACAUGAGAUCGAAGGAGUCUCGGAGAGCAUGGGAAGCAGCUUUCAGUGCCACUGUUGUGACUCCAUUGUUAACGGUAUGUCAGAUUUUUGUAAUAGCUCAGGUUUUACUUUUGUUAUCUGUCGAGUCACUGAUUUUCUUUUCCUAUCUUUUAGAACCUUGAAGAGAAAAUUCAACGGUGCUUACAAAUGUUGGUUAGUGACAAGCGGCUCGGUGAGUUCAUUUCCUCAUGAAACAAUAACAAUAUGUGACCUUGGACGUUGGUACCCUUCCAGUAAGAAAAGCCAUCAACUCGUUUAAUUAUGGGCUUAAAGUGCUGGCAAUUUAGGACUAGAUAUUUUUAGGAUAUUUAGAGACAAACAGGAUUUUUAGAACAUAUAAGGAUAUUUAGAUGAAAAUGUUUGGAAACAUACAGUCGAUAAAUUAAAAAGAAUUCACGUGGUUCGUAGAACAUACUCUGCUAACUGUUUGAUGUCAUCGUUAUUGUUUGUUUGAAAGUGAAAUAUGGAAGGAGACGAACCACUUACGUUGUUCUGUAAAUAAAUGAUCAUUUUAAAUCAAUUUGAAGGUGCUUCCAUGCAAUUUCACCACAGGAAUCUCGUGUUUUUGUAUGUGAUUAUUUGGGAAAAAUUGAAAUGAAUCGGUAUUUAAGGAAAAAAAUUGCGGGAUAAAAUUAAAAGUUACGUUCCUUUUUUUGGAGAAUUUCUUUACUGGUUUUUAGGCCAUUUUCCGGGAUUUUUAUACUUAAGGCAAGAGAUUAUAAGCUGCUGAGAGUUUAUAAUCUCUUGCUGUAGGCCUAUGCCAGUUAUUACAACUCAUCUUCAAUAAAAUUAUUGUGAACCAGAUGGAGAAUCGACAAGUCCGUGUUUAGAGGGUGGAAAUACAAUUCUCGCUUUUUUUUUCAAGAAAAAAUAUCAAAUUGAUGGCUCUUGAUUGUUUCCGCAGGUAACAAUCCCCUACUGCGUCAGCUGUUUGAGAUAGACGUCUCUACUGAAGCUCUGACUGGUGGUAUCCCUCCCACUUGCCCUGCCCUAUGGAGAUACCGGACUCAAGUGACUCUUGAUCACUUUGCGCACACAUUUCAACAAGAGGUAUUUUCCACUGAUCCUGAGAGGAACAAAGUAUUAGCGGAGUUUUUACGGCAGGUAAACCAUAUUAAACUACUUUCACUUACCAAUUUUUACAUUUUUACAUGUUGAACUGAAAAAUUUCUUAAAACAUAAGGUACGAGCUAUUGGGUAAUGAGCAGCAUCAACGAAUGAUGAUGAUGAACGGAUAGAUGUCAUCCAUCAAUUGUCAGUCCUUUUGCCGUUUACAUUUAUUUGUUGUUUAUCUAUAGGAACACAAACUCCGCGCUCUCCGUUUUCUGCCCGACAUUAUAAAACUACAGCGUCUUCUGAUGGACAAAUUCCAUCGUCGAAUUGACAGAACUGAAGCACAGCGCAUGAAUAUAAGAGAAUUCCUGCGGAAUAUUCCUUCAAGUAAGUUGACUGUCGAGUGAUUUUUUCCUUAAUUUUUUCUGUUAUAUCAAAUCCCUUGACUUUUUGUCUUCCUUCACAGAAACAGAGAAAGAUGAACUUGCGUCACUGAUAGCGAGCUUUAACGUGGCAUGGAACCUUGUGCGGCUUAGUCUUGAUCAGCAAGGUAUGCCUAGAUUGGCAACAUUUGUAAACGAGUAUUCACGAAUGAAGCAGGUCGUAAACCUAUUAGAUUUUACGGUAUUAUCAAGUUAUUAAACGGCACAAACCAAACAUGCAUAAGGUACUCAGGACAUAAUUUUACCCGCCUUUUACAAACGAUUCACUAAGUUCAAGUUCAUGUUCUUUUUCAUUCCUUCCCCCCCUCCUCCCCCCUCGUCCGCACAGCAUAGAGCCACGGGGUGUAUAGAGGAGCAAAAGAAAGGUUAAAAGUGCUACUGUCCCAGACCACUGACUAUGAUUUAUCUACGUAUGUAGUAUAUCUCUUCUCAACCAUUCAUUGUCCUAAACAGGGCGUCUACGUCCUCCAAAGGACUUGUGUGACCAGUCCAUGGAUAAUUCACGUCCACUUGCUGUACUCCUGCCAAGUACCUCCGGCAUGGGUAUCUGUUCCACGGCUCUGGUAUUUUUCCUCACCAUGCUUCACAACGAGUUCAACGAAAGAUAUCAAAACUUGAUGGGCGGUAAAGUCAAGUAAGUGCGAUGACGGAACCUUUUCCCCAUGCCACCCACCCCAAGAGUUACUUUCCUAGUAGUACCGUAAAUGACCUCACAACGCUUUCAGUCCUAUUCUAAGUUUCAGUGAGACGAUAUGCUGCGUCGACAAUGAAGUAAAUUUCCUUUAGUAGCUUCAAACAUCGCUCCCGCUCUAUAUUGCCAAUGUGCUGAACGUACAACGAUUAAUUUGCCAAUUUUAACGUGUUAACAAUUUCUUUUUACAAUUUCAUUUGGCAAUUAUUUUUUCAUCUCGCGCUUUCACAAUUUUGUUAGUUUGGCUGAAGGCUGGGAGCCGUCAGUUCACGUUUUAAAGAAAAAUUAUGAAUGCGAAUAUUUUAUGAUCACAACUGAUCAGCAAUCGACAUCAUGUUCUCUGUGAACUAGCCACAAGUAGAUAUAGACACGAAAUAAGAAUAACUGAUUUUAAGAAUGAACCUCUCUGUGUAACCUUUGGGUAUCCUUGCAGCCGCUUGGAAUUCAUUGCAAAUGUUCGAUGUCAUUGUUCCUUGUGAUUACUAGAGACCUGCCCCACAUACAGCUGCAAGACGUGACAAGGUCACAUCUGAUUUCAUACGACACCGAACGAGAUCUUCUACCCCUUGUCUUGGCGCAGUGUAAUUACUCUCUAGAGGUGGGUCAGGGAACAUUGGUUCAGUACAACUGGGAAGCCCUUGAAAGACAGCUGAUUGACAGGUUCAUAAGGGGAAGACCACUUAUUGAUUUCAAGGUACGAAGUAGCUUUAAAUAUAUAUAAUGAUGUCCAACGUCUGUAAAAUAUUUCCUGAAAUUUCUGUCCAAAGUCUUUACCAGAGUUAUUUACUCACUCCUAAAGGAGAGGUUUUGAGCAAUAUAUCGUAUUUAUUUCAUAGGACGAGAGGUUUGCAUUCAGCAAAGACGCCCAGUUAGACUCGGUUUUCACUUCCGUGAAAAACAAGGUCCGGCCACAGGUAAAACAUUUCGUUUUUUGCGCUCGAUUCCUAUUCAAUAUGUGACUCACCAGCUCCUCCUAGAGUUGCCAAUGAUUAGCAAGAAAAAAAUGGUAGUGAGAGGAGUUACUAUAAUGAAGAUAAUGAUGAUGCUAUUAGUAAUAAAAAAAUGGUAGUGAGAGAAGUUACUAUGAUGAAGAUAAUGAUGAUGCUAUUAGUAAUAAAAAAAAUGGUAGUGAGAGAAGUUACUAUGAUGAAGAUAAUGAUGAUGCUAUUAGUAAUAAAAAAAAUGGUAGUGAGAGAAGUUAAUAUGAUGAAGAUAAUGAUGAUGCUAUUAGUAAUAAAAAAAAUGGUAGUGAGAGAAGUUACUAUGAUGAAGAUAAUGAUGAUGCUAUUAGUAAUAAAAAAAAUGGUAGUGAGAGAAGUUACUAUGAUGAAGAUAAUGAUGAUGCUAUUAGUAAUAAAAAAAAUGGUAGUGAGAGAAGUUAAUAUGAUGAAGAUAAUGAUGAUGCUAUUAGUAAUAAAAAAAUGGUAGUAAGAGAAGUUACUAUGAUGAAGAUAAUGAUGAUGCUAUUAGUAGUAAAAAAAAAUGGUAACGAAAGAGGUUACUAUGAUGAAGAUAAUGAUGAUGCUAUUAGUAAUAUAAAAAUGGUAAUGAGAGAGGUUACUAUGAUGAAGAUAAUGAUGAUGCUAUUAGUAAUAAAAAAAUGGUAAUGAGAGAAGUUAAUAUGAUGAAGAUAAUGAUGAUGCUAUUAGUAAUAAAAAAAUGGUAAUGAGAGAAGUUACUAUGAUGAAGAUAAUGAUGAUGCUAUUAGUAAUAAAAAAAAUGGUAGUGAGGGAGGUUACUAUGAUGAAGAUAAUGAUGAUGCUAUUAGUAAUAAAAAAAAUGGUAGUGAGAGAAGUUACUAUGAUGAAGAUAAUGAUGAUGCUAUUAGUAAUAAAAAAAAUGGUAGUGAGAGAAGUUAAUAUGAUGAAGAUAAUGAUGAUGUUAUUAGUAAUAAAAAAAAUGGUAAUGAGAGAAGUUACUAUGAUGAAGAUAAUGAUGAUGCUAUUAGUAAUAAAAAAAAUGGUAGUGAGAGAAGUUAAUAUGAUGAAGAUAAUGAUGAUGCUAUUAGUAAUAAAAAAAAUGGUAGUGAGAGAAGUUACUAUGAUGAAGAUAAUGAUGAUGCUAUUAGUAAUAAAAAAAAUGGUAGUGAGAGAAGUUAAUAUGAUGAAGAUAAUGAUGAUGCUAUUAGUAAUAAAAAAAUGGUAAUGAGAGAGGUUACUAUGAUGAAGAUAAUGAUGAUGCUAUUAGUAAUAAAAAAAAUGGUAAUGAGAGAGGUUACUAUGAUGAAGAUAAUGAUGAUGCUAUUGGUAAUAAAAAAAUUGUAAUGAGAGAAGUUACUAUGAUGAAGAUAAUGAUGAUGCUAUUAGUAAUAAAAAAAAUGGUAGUGAGAGAAGUUAAUAUGAUGAAGAUAAUGAUGAUGCUAUUAGUAAUAAAAAAAAUUGUAGUGAGAGAAGUUAAUAUGAUGAAGAUAAUGAUGAUGCUAUUAGUAAUAAAAAAAAUGGUAGUGAGAGAAGUUAAUAUGAUGAAGAUAAUGAUGAUGCUAUUAGUAAUAAAAAAAAUGGUAGUGAGAGAAGUUAAUAUGAUGAAGAUAAUGAUGAUGCUAUUAGUAAUAAAAAAAUGGUAGUGAGAGUAAUAAAAAAAAAUGGUUAAUAAUAUGAUGAAGAUAAUGAUGAUGCUAUUAGUAAUAAAAAAAAUGGUAAUGAGAGAGGUUACUAUGAUGAAGAUAAUGAUGAUGCUAUUAGUAAUAAAAAAAAUGGUAAUGAGAGAGGUUACUAUGAUGAAGAUAAUGAUGAUGCUAUUAGUAAUAAAAAAAAUGGUAAUGAGAGAGGUUACUAUGAUGAAGAUAAUGAUGAUGCUAUUAGUAAUAAAAAAAAUGGUAAUGAGAGAGGUUACUAUGAUGAAGAUAAUGAUGAUGCUAUUAGUAACAAAAAAAAAAUGGUAAUGAGAGAGGUUACUAUGAUGAAGAUAAUGAUGAUGCUAUUAGUAAUAAAAAAAAAUGGUAAUGAGAGAAGUUACUAUGAUGAAGAUAAUGAUGAUGCUAUUAGUAAAAAAAAAAAAUGGUAAUGAGAGAAGUUACUAUGAUGAAGAUAAUGAUGAUGCUAUUAGUAAAAAAAAAAAAAAGAGGUUACUAUGAUGAAGAUAAUGAUGAGCUAGGUUAAAAUGAUGAAGAUAAUGAUGAAGAUAAUUGAUGCUAAUAAAAAAAAAUGGUAGUGAGAGAAGUUAAUAUGAUGAAGAUAAUGAUGAUGCUAUUAGUAAUAAAAAAAAUGGUAGUGAGAGAAGUUAGUAUGAUGAAGAUAAUGAUGAUGCUAUUAGUAAUAAAAAAAAUGGUAGUGAGAGAAGUUAAUAUGAUGAAGAUAAUGAUGAUGCUAUUAGUAAUAAAAAAAAUGGUAGUGAGAGAAGUUACUAUGAUGAAGAUAAUGAUGAUGCUAUUAGUAAUAAAAAAAAUGGUAGUGAGAGAAGUUAAUAUGAUGAAGAUAAUGAUGAUGCUAUUAGUAAUAAAAAAAAUGGUAGUGAGAGAAGUUAAUAUGAUGAAGAUAAUGAUGAUGCUAUUAGGAAUAAAAAAAUGGUAGUGAGAGAGGUUAAUAUGAUGAAGAUAAUGAUGAUGCUAUUAGUAAUAAAAAAAUGGUAAUGAGAGAAGUUACUAUGAUGAAGAUAAUGAUGAUGCUAUUAGUAAUAAAUAAAAUGGUAAUGAGAGAAGUUACUAUGAUGAAGAUAAUGAUGAUGCAAUUAGUAAUAACAUAAAUGGUAAUGAGAGAGGUUAAUAUGAUGAAGAUAAUGAUGAUGCUAUUAGUAAUAAAAAAAUGGUAAUGAGAGAGGUUACUAUGAUGAAGAUAAUGAUGAUGCUAUUAGUAAUAAAAAAAAUGGUAGUGAGAGAGGUUACUAUGAUGAAGAUAAUGAUGAUGCUAUUAGUAAUAAAAAAAAUGGUAGUGGGAGAAGUUACUAUGAUGAAAAUAAUGAUACUAUUAGUAAUAAAAAAAAUGGUAAUAAGAGAGGUUACUAUGAUGAAGAUAAUGAUGAUGCUAUUAGAAAUAAAAAAAAUGGUAAUGAGAGAAGUUACUAUGAUGAAAAUAAUGAUGAUGCUAUUAGUAAUAAAAAAAUGGUAAUGAGGGAAGUUAAUAUGAUGAAGAUAAUGAUGAUGCUAUUAGUAAUAAAAAAAAUGGUAGAGAGAAGUUACUAUGAUGAAAAUAAUGAUGAUGCUAUUAGUAAUAAAAAAAAUGGUAAUGAGAGAAGUUACUGUGAUGAAGAUAAUGAUGAUGCUAUUAGUAAUAAAAAAAUGGUAAUGAGAGAAGUUAAUAUGAUGAAGAUAAUGAUGAUGCUAUUAGUAAUAAAAAAAUGGUAAUGAGAGAAGUUACUAUGAUGAAGAUAAUGAUGAUGCUAUUAGUAAUAAAAAAAAAUGGUAGUAAGAGAAGUUACUAUGAUGAAGAUAAUGAUGAUGCUAUUACUAAUAAAAAAAGGUAAUGAGAGAAGUUACUAUGAUGAAAAUAAUGAUGAUGCUAUUAGUAAUAAAAAAUGGUAAUGAGAGAAGUUACUAUGAUGAAAAUAAUGAUGAUGCUAUUAGUAAUAAAAAAAUGGUAGUGAGAGAGGUUACUAUGAUGAAGAUAAUGAUGAUGCUAUUAGUAAUAAAAAAAAUGGUAAUGAGAGAAGUUACUAUGAUGAAAAUAAUGAUGAUGCUAUGAGUAAUAAAAAAAAUGGUAGUGAGAGAGGUUACUAUGAUGAAGAUAAUGAUGAUGCUAUUAGUAAUAAAAAAAAUGGUAGUGAGAGAGGUUACUAUGAUGAAAAUAAUGAUGAUGCUAUUAGUAAUAAAAAAAAUGGUAGUGAGAGAGGUUACUAUGAUGAAGAUAAUGAUGAUGCUAUUACUAAUAAAAAAAAUGGUAAUGAGAGAAGUUACUAUGAUGAAAAUAAUGAUGACGCUAUUAGUAAUAAAAAAAUGGUAGUGAGAGAAGUUACUAUGAUGAAAAUAAUGAUGAUGCUAUUAGUAAUAAAAAAAAUGGUAGUGAGAGAAGUUACUAUGAUGAAAAUAAUGAUGAUGCUAUUAGUAAUAAAAAAAUGGUAAUGAGAGAGGUUAGUAUGAUGAAGAUAAUGAUGAUGCUAUUAAUAAUAAAAAAAUGGUAAUGAGAGAAGUUAAUAUGAUGAAGAUAAUGAUGAUGCUAUUAGUAAUUAAAAAAAAUGGUAACGAAAGAGGUUACUAUGAUGAAGAUAAUGAUGAUGCUAUUAGUAAUAAAAAAAAUGGUAGUGAGAGAGGUUACUAUGAUGAAGAUAAUGAUGAUGCUAUUAGUAAUAAAAAAAAUGGUAAUGACAGAAGUUAAUAUGAUGAAGAUAAUGAUGAUGCUAUUAGUAAUAAAAAAAAUGGUAGUGAGAGAGGUUACUAUGAUGAAGAUAAUGAUGAUGCUAUUAGUAAUAAAAAAAAUGGUAGUGAGAGAAGUUAAUAUGAUGAAGAUAACGAUGAUGCUAAUAGUAAUAAAAAAAAUGGUAAUGAGAGAGGUUAAUAUGAUGAAGAUGAUGAUGCUAUUAGUAAUAAAAAAAAUGGUAAUGAGAGUGGUUAAUAUGAUGAAGAUAAUGAUGAUGCUAUUAGUAAUAAAAAAAAUGGUAAUGAGAGAGGUUACUAUGAUGAAGAUAAUGAUGAUGCUAUUAGUAAUAAAAAAAAUGGUAGUGAGAGAGGUUACUAUGAUGAAGAUAAUGAUGAUGCUAUUAGUAAUAAAAAAAAUGGUAAUGAGAGAAGUUAAUAUGAUGAAGAUAAUGAUGAUGCUAUUAGUAAUAAAAAAAAUGGUAGUGAGAGAAGUUACUAUGAUGAAGAUAAUGAUGAUGCUAUUAGUAAUAAAAAAAAUGGUAAUGAGAGAGGUUACUAUGAUGAAGAUAAUGAUGAUGCUAUAAGUAAUAAAAAAAAUGGUAAUGAGAGAAGUUAAUAUGAUGAAGAUAAUGAUGAUGCUAUUAGUAAUAAAAAAAAUGGUAAUGAGAGAAGUUAAUAUGAUGAAGAUAAUGAUGAUGCUAUUAGUAAUAAAAAAAAUGGUAAUGAGAGAAGUUACUAUGAUGAAGAUAAUGAUGAUGCUAUUACUAAUAAAAAAAAUGGUAAUGAGAGAGGUUACUAUGAUGAAGAUAAUGAUGAUGCUAUUAGUAAUAAAAAAAUGGUAAUGAGAGAAGUUACUAUGAUGAAGAUGAUGAUGCUAUUAGUAAUAAAAAAAAUGGUAGUGAGAGAAGUUAAUAUGAUGAAGAUAAUGAUGAUGCUAUUAGUAAUAAAAAAAAUGGUAAUGAGAGAGGUUACUAUGAUGAAGAUAAUGAUGAUGCUAUUAGUAAUAAAAAAAUGGUAAUGAGAGAGGUUACUAUGAUGAAGAUAAUGAUGAUGCUAUUAGUAAUAAAAAAAAUGGUAAUGAGAGAGGUUAAUAUGAUGAAGAUAAUGAUGAUGCUAUUAGUAAUAAAAAAAAUGGUAAUGAGAGAGGUUACUAUGAUGAAGAUAAUGAUGAUGCUAUUAGUAAUAAAAAAAAUGGUAGUUAGAGAAGUUACUAUGAUGAAGAUGAUGAUGCUAUUAGUAAUAAAAAAAAUUGGUAGUGAGAGAAGUUAAUAUGAUGAAGAUAAUGAUGAUGCUAUUACUAAUACAAAAAAUGGUAAUGAGAGAGGUUACUAUGAUGAAGAUAAUGAUGAUGCUAUUAGUAAUAAAAAAAAUGGUAGUGAGAGAAGUUACUAUGAUGAAGAUAAUGAUGAUGCUAUUAGUAAUAAAAAAAAUGGUAGUGAGAGAGGUUACUAUGAUGAGGAUAAUGAUGAUGCUAUUAGUAAUAAAAAAAUGGUAAUGAGAGAGGUUACUAUGAUGAAGAUAAUGAUGAUGCUAUUAGUAAUAAAAAAAUGGUAAUGAGAGAGGUUACUAUGAUGAAGAUAAUGAUGAUGCUAUUAGUAAUAAAAAAAAUGGUAAUGAGAGAAGUUACUAUGAUGAAGAUAAUGAUGAUGCUAUUAGUAAUAAAAAAAUGGUAGUGAGAGAAGUUACUAUGAUGAAGAUAAUGAUGAUGCUAUUAGUAAUAAAAAAAAUGGUAAUGAGAGAGGUUACUAUGAUGAAGAUAAUGAUGAUGCUAUUAGUAAUAAAAAAAAUGGUAAUGAGAGAGGUUACUAUGAUGAAGAUAAUGAUGAUGCUAUUAGUAAUAAAAAAAAUGGUAAUGAGAGAAGUUACUAUGAUAAAGAUAAUGAUGAUGCUAUUAGUAAUAAAAAAAAUGGUAGUGAGAGAAGUUACUAUGAUGAAGAUAAUGAUGAUGCUUUUAGUAAUAAAAAAAAUUGGUAGUGAGAGAAGUUAAUAUGAUGAAGAUAAUGAUGAUGCUAUUACUAAUAAAAAAAAUGGUAGUGAGAGAAGUUAAUAUGAUGAAGAUAAUGAUGAUGCUAUUAGUAAUAAAGAUGCUAUCAUGCUAUUUGUGAUCGUGUAGUAAAGUGUAUAUUUUAAAGGACUCAAAAAAAUUAUUCGUCUUGUUAGGUUCCUUUGAGUUCAGCAGUAAGCAGUCAAAUUCUAGGCGAGUUUCGCUCACUGACAGACGUCUGUGACGUGCUGACGUCGCUCGACAUUGCAAUCGGUUUUCUUUCCUCGACCGGUGGAUCACCUGAAAUGCCGCUAAAUGACUACCUUCAACAUGUACUACGCAUGCCUCAACAAAAUAGUCUUCGCAGUCUCAAGGUAAGCAUUCAAUUUAACCGUGCAAAUUGAACUGUUUUGAUGGAUAGAUGUUUACCCACAGACCUUUUAGACCCAAUGGCUAACGAAAAGUUAUGUACCUUGUGCUAUGUUUCUUGCCACGAGUUCAGUACCUUACAAAAAGCGAGAUAAUAAGAACGAUAAAACUUUAAAACAAGAAAAGGUAGAGUAGAGAGAGUGGAACUCUUGUAAAAAUACGGAAAUGUGCAAAUGUCUCAUUUUGUGUCAGGAAUCGAAAAUUGUCUUCCAAAUUGAAAAUAUCUUAAAUAUUGUAAAUAGAGUCGUGUACAGACCUAGAAAUAGACAACUGCCCAUAGCUAUUUCUAACAGAUUUUAUAGUCUAUUAGUUCUGCAGACAGUCUGUUACUAUAUAAAAGUCGACGCGAUCACCUUUUCAUGUCAGUACAUUACGCUCUAAUUAAAUUGUGCGUAAUAAGAACAGCUUGUUUUCUGCUCUGCUUCUGUUUAGGCGCAGCAGUGUUGUCAGUUGCGACAUGUUCUCUCCUUCUGGCGAUUGUUGACUUUAGAGAGAGCAAGGAUUUUAAUGAGGCGGGGAGAGGUAAGGAACUUUGCCCAAGCGGGUAAUAUCUCAUCAAAAUAAAAAAGAAAGCGCAUAGGAGCGAAGAACUUCAAGAUUUUAAAAAAGAGGAGUCUGUCAUAUAGAAAAAAGGCUAGGCUCGGAGUUAGAAUUGGCAUUGAUCUCCAAUCUCGUUCCCUUGUAUGAGUCAUUUUGAUACAUUAUUCGCGGAGGCGUUGCUCUGAGUGUUUCCCUCUCUCUCUCUCUCUCUCUCUCUCUCUCUCUGCCCAAGAACUAUCGUGUAGUGUUGAACUAGUAGGUCAACUAAAAUCACAUUUUCGGUUUUGAAUUCAUCGAGAAUAGCGUAGAUCCCCCGAUCACUUUAUACUUGAACCGUCUUCGUGUUUUACGUAGGAUCCGUUCGAACAGAUCGCAGACACGUACAAGCAGGCCAUGCCACAAAGACUAAUGAUGAAGUUUAGCAAUAGCAUGAGGAGGAUUGACUCGGAUCUAUUCGUCCCCGAGGUAUUAGAAUUAAUCUUACUCAACCUCAGGGGAGAGGCGGUACCAGGCGAAGAAGACAUGAGGUAAGAUUUCUAGAUCUCAGAUUUCAGGAAUUCUUUGCUUGAAAUUCACUUGUUUUAGCCUUUUAACCGGGCGUGACUCGUGAAAAACCUCCGUUCUCCUUUCGCUCCGUUGCAAUUAUCGCAUACGUUCACUAACUGAACGCCUGGAAUACAAAAUGUAGGUUACCUUAUAACAUGUGUCUUUCUGAAGCUGCUCUCAGAUAUUUUCUUCUCUGAGGAUAUCAAAUUCAGGAUGGUGUUGGAAAGUAAGAUUUUUACCCCUCAGUUUUGAAACACUGUAUCACCAAAAAAUGACGUGUAGUUGAAAUAGGUCUUUAACUCCACAAGUGUUCUUCACACCUCAAAAGUACGUCAUUUCAUAGCUAUCGGAAAACACCAGGAUGACCGCGAAUUCAAGUAAAUCUUGUCGGCCCCCUACACGACUCGUUUCUAGCUAUUUGUGUACAGUGUAUGUCCCGCCUUUGUUAAACACUUUCCCAAAUAUAGAAUUUUUAAGAGUACUGUAAUUUUGACUCAAAAGUCGGUCUGCGUUCUUCGUUGUUCAUUGGUGUUUUCUUACCGGUUAGACAGCAGAUUAAUAAAGAUGUCGAGGUUGAUUUUAAAAACGACUGUAAGUUGCACUUUUUACCAUUUUCGCGCUAAAAUAACUAACUUGGGACUUUGGGAGACGGCUUGAAAAACGUGUAAAGGUCUUCUCUGGUUCUUCCAACAUCCCGCUCGGGUCAUUAAGUGGGAAGGAAUAUGGUGCGGUCGAGUACUUUCCAGUAUUGUGAUACAUUACAGCCGUUUAUCCCUUCCUUUAGCUUGAAAGACUUUAUCGAAUGGCAUCUUGACAACAAGGGACAUGAGCCAGUUACUGGACUGGACGAACUACCAACAGACGUGAAGCUGAAGCACGUGAUCAACGCAUGGGGAACUUCUGUUGAACUGUGGGACAGCUAUCUGGACAAGAGGGAUGCUGCUUCAGCAUAAAACUGCUGCUAUGUGUUUUGUCCUACAUUUUUUUUCUUUUUUGUUCAAAGUCCCCAGACUUUACGUCGCUUUUUCCCUUAAUUUGAAUUUUCCUCCAGUAGUAUUUGAAGUUCCCUUUUAGAUUGCAGCAUGAAAAAUUAAAUGAAAAAACUUAGCGGGAACGGCUGAAAUAACAUGAAAGUAUCUGAAGAGGGAGGUUGGUCAUUUUAUGAAACAAUUACUAUGGUAUCUUUUUUCAAUUGCUUCGUCUACGUUUAGACAUUUAGAAUAAUUUUGGCUUUCGACUUCUUAAAUUUUAUUUCUCGAUAGCACGAGUUGGCUUGCUUUAUUGAUUAUUCAGCGACUCAAUCUGAUAAUUACCAUACAUCAUAUUGUUCAACUUGGGUAGCUUAAUAUUAGCAUAGAAAAGUAAAAAACAAUAUUAAAAAAUGUAGAAAUGUAAAAUGUGUAUGUUGGUACAUGUUAUAGGUAUAGGUAAUAAAGCUUUGUGAGUAUGGUUGUUAAAAAAUUGCAAACAAUAAAAAACAAUUUUAAAAAAAUAUUGGAGUUUUUAAUAGUAGCUUUAUCGCUACAAUAUCGCUAUUUUUCCCCACAAUGAAAUUAGGUUAACUGAGCGUAAAGCGAGGAUAUCUCCAUAUAAAAAGAAAACGAAAAAAGACAAAUUGCAAGAAAACUUUGUUCUUCGUCCAUGUUUAAAACUCCAAAAUCAUUUGCAUUUUUUAUUUGUAUAGGUAAUAACAUGAUUUCGAUUGCAAUUUAGUGAAAAUAAGCACUACGGGCCCGUGCAAUUUGUAGUCUUUGAAAACAUUGUAUUAAAAAAGCUUCACAGAAAGUCAAGACAGACGUAAUUUUGACAGCACGCGCACUUUUUUUUUUUAGCUGCACCUGUGUUACAACUUUGCACUCAUGUUAUAUGAAAAAUGCACUCGUUUGUGUUUGAAGUGCAGCCAGUGGUACUUUUAGUUAAUUGAAUUUGUUCUUCAGUUGCAAUUUCAAAUAUCAGAAGUGUUUCAAAUAGAUCUGAUGCCAGCGUAAGAUUUAAAGUAAGGUGGCAUUCUCAGAUUCCCUAGGUUCAUGAAGUUCACAUAAUCAUUUGUUCUUCAAAACUUUACACUCAUUUUUGCAAAAUGCUUGAUAUAGAAGUUUAGACAUUUAAAUAUGCAUCUAGAGAUCAGUUUUCUGGUUAGUUUGUGUUUAUAGACUUACACAUAAUUUUUUCAGACAAUCAUCCUACCAAUUCAAAGUAAAUUAAACUGUUCUAAGGGUUUAAGUUUUGCUUCUUUUUGGCUUUAGAGAGAAAAAAAUGUGUUAUGUAAAAUAAUAGUGUAAGACGCAAAGGCUGAAAAACAUGAUUGUUAUCAGGUUCCAUUGUGGGCUCUGAAUAAAUUGUACCGCUAUCAUCACUGC